GUGCUUCAGAACAAUGCUUGUCUUUGCAUUCAGAACAAUGCUGGCACUGCUCAGGAUAUCUUAAUACCAAAUACUUUUCAAAACCAUCUAUGGUAUUACAUAGGCUACAGCUUGUAUUAACUCUUUCUUCCCCCUCUCUGAUUUCUUUCAGCAAUGAAUGUGUCGGCUGCUGCUGAUUUAAUGCCUACAUCAUCAUGGAAUGUGUCAAGUGAACUAGACAAAGGUAAAUGCAGGGGGGAAAGAGGAAUUAAAAAUCAUCCUAGAUUUUAAGAAGCCAUUCUUAAAGUUCCUUUGUUUUGUGCUUGAUCAUAAAUCUGCUGUUAAAGUCACAAGAAGGAGGAAUUGAGACCUGUUUUGUAUGCCAAGCAAUCAUUUGAUAUUCAAUUACACCCCAGUUUGUGAUUUCUGAAGAAUGUUGGGAUUCACUCCCUCCCCUUUCUUACUUCAAGUAACACGUUCCACAUGUUAAGAAAAUAUGUCAAGAUGUGAAUUAUAGCAGUUUAUGACCUACCUGACAUUUCAUCUUUGCCUCUUGGAAUCUGGAUUCAAUAUUACCUGCCUGGACUCUAUGUUAACAAGCUUUGGUCUAAGUAGCCUUGCAUGCACAUUUUGCUAUGAAAUUUGGAGGCAAUCAGUUAGUUGCUGGACUGGGAAGAGGAAUGAAAAAUCUUUUAAUAUUUGUAUACAGCAUGCAGAGAAUUAGGCUGUUGAAUACACACACACAGUGGGCAUGUGUUGGUCUGCAAUUUCAUUUGUGCUUGCAUGAGAAACGAGUCUCCCAUGCACACACAAUGUGAAGUUGUUCUUGCAUACCUGUUUUCCAUGUCUUCAAAUGGCUGUUAGUUUCUGUGAUCUGUGUAUAAUCUGUACAGUAGAAUCUCAGAAGCCGAACACCUGUAAACUCAAACGUUUUGGCUCCCGAACGAUCGGAAACCGGAAGUGAUUGUUCUGGUUUUCGAAUUAUUUUUGGAAGCCAAACAUCUGGCAUGGCUCCCCCCCCCAAACAAAAAUCCUGGCUACACCCAUGGACAGGAGUUCAUUCCAGUCCUACACAGAGAUAUUGCCCACAUUCCCAAAGCUGUCAUUUUCCUCCACAGCGAAAAAUGUAUUGACACUUGUUUCUCUUGCUUCUCAUCUAGCUUCACCCAUGCAAAGCAUCUUUUUUCUUUUUCUGUCUGGUGAUCGUGUGCUUCCACUGCUUAGAAAUAUGAUCAUGGAAGGUGGAAUUAUUGGCCUCUUAAAAUACCCUUCUUUCUUUCACUUUCUGGUCAGGGGAAAGUUGCCUUACAGCCCCUCCAAAGGGGUGGGAAGAAAAUAGGAAGUUGCCUUAUCCUGGGUUGGAAAGUUUGUCCCUCUCCAGUCCACCCUUACUGGAAUGCUCAGACAGAGAUCUUUCUCAUCACUUGUUACCUAGCCCUUUCUUUAAAAUAUUUUAUAAAAACAAAGUUUAACCAGGUUUAAAACAUGCAGAACAUGUGCUUUCCAAUCCCACCCUGAUAGGAUCGAGGGUUUCCAAUGGUCAGUUCUGGGGUGGGAUUGCCAAUCUCUUAUCUGGCCUUUAAAGUACUGCAAAGCAUCGUUUUAUUAAAUAUAAUAGCAAGGUCAGUAGUUCACCCACAGUGAACUUCCAGUGUUUUUAAACGUGCAUUGAGAAAUGACAGGUCAUGCAAACAUACAGCCUAAAGAAAUCAACUUCCACCUGUUUUCCACAAGAGCUGGCAUGUGGUCUCAGAAGCAUCCAUAUAAACCGGAUUUUAAAGCUUGUUAAACGCCUCAUGUAAAUUGGUUCCCAGCCAGCACUCCCAAUUAAGCAGAUGUCCCUAUUCAGUGACCUUCACAGUUCCUGCCACUCUUCAGAAGCACUCCCUCCCCCAACAACCCCACAAAUGUAUACACUUCAGUGUUUCAUUGGGUAUGUUUUUCAUGUUCUUAUUAAAAUAUUGUAAAACUGAAUGAAUAUUUUUUUAAAAAACAACAACAAACUUGUUAUUUUGUCUCCCCUGCCCUCAACAUGACUACUUCUCCAGUGACUGUCUACCAACUGAGACUGAUUCAACUUUCGGUUUUGAUUAAAUAAGCUAAAUUGGCAGCAUUAAACAGUUGCCUGUUUAUUCUUUUUAUCAGGAAAUGAAAUUUAAAAGGGACGCAACCACCCGUGAAGACCUGUUGAAAGCAGCAAUUGAUGCAGCAGGGAGGUGGUGGUUUCUCACCAAAACUUUAAAGAGAAAUAAAUGCUGCAUUUUUUAAAUUUAAAAAAAAACAUUUUUAAAAGCAUCUCCGGAUCAUCAAGUGCUUUUCUAGUUCUUCCUACCACCCUGAUUUCUCUACCUACUUUUCAGCAGACAUUUGUUACAGAGAAGAGAUUAUUAUGUUGUUGCUGCUGCUGAAUUUAACAGUUGUCAAAAGGGCAUUGCACUUUAGAAAUCUGAGUCUACAGACUUUUGGGGAAAAUAGAGUCUUGUUAUGAAGAAACAAUAGAUUGUCUUAGGACUACUGAGAGGACAGACACAAGAUCUUGUGAUUACAGAGCACCAGUUCAUAUAUACAAGUCAAUCGUGGCUAGAGCAGGGGUGGUGGACCUCUGGCACACAUGCCUAAUUAGGCAUGGUACAGAUCCCAAUUUGGCCCACAAUGUUGUUUCUUCCAAACCACACCCAUAUGCUACACAACCGUCAUAAUAAGGGACUGCCAGUGCACAAUCAGGAGCCUUACAGUACACACACUGUUAUGUAUUGGCAAGGGAGACUUCCUGUUAUUGCCAGUCAGCUGAUUGGCAAUGAAAUUGAGCCAACUGGGAUGAGCUUCACUAUUGAAUUCCCCUUGGGGAGCUCUGUAGCCAGCUGAUCCUUGAAGGGGCUUUACAGGAAAGAACUUGCACUGGCUGCCAAUAUGAUUCCGGACCAAGUUUAUGUUUCUUGUGUCUUGUGCUAAUAUACAAAGUCCUGGGGAGCUGGAGCUCAUCAACCUAAGAAGGUAGCGCAUCUAGGAGAAGGAAAACUCUGGUUUUAAAGCUCCGCUGCUUUACGGGAUAUCUUUGGGAGAAGGAAAGGCUAAGGUACCAACCCUACACAAAUCUGGAGUGGAGUCCCUAAGAUAGUUGGAUUGCAUCUUGCAUCUUCUGGCAACUCCUGCAGCCAAGCUGGUGCCAAACGUAUUGCUUUCCUUUCCUUUGGACCACAUCAGUUGUUUGAGCAGCUCAGAACCUCCAUACACACAGCCCGGGCUUGCCCCCUGGGAAGGUCACUUCAGUGCUGCUAAUACAGCAGUCUGACUUCACCCCUAGAGGCACACUCCAUUGUCUCUUGAGACAGAUGGAUACCAACUAUAGGCAACUUGGUAUUAGCAUGGCUUAGGGACUGGCUGCCUAACUGCUUAUGAUCCUGUCCAAUAACUGCAGUUGUUAGGAAGGGCAUGUUAGUAAUCCCUCAUGGCCCCUGUUUUCUGCUCCGCCAUCAUAAGGAGUAGGGCUUUUAGGAUGAUAGUGCCUCUUCUCUUAGACAAGCAGCAACACGAUAUGUUUCAGACCCUUUCUGAAAACCUUGCUAUUCAGGCAAGCAUUCUUCAAAAGUCUUCCAAAGAUGACUGCAGCUGAUAGAUUUCUCCUUAAUAUAUAAAAAUUCUAUAGCAGCAGGGAUUCUGUAAAAUCAUUGUCACUGCUCAAACUUUUCCCCCCUGCAGUUUUUGCUCCCUUUCAUUUUUGGUUGAAUGCGUGAAUCCUAUGCUCACUUACUUUGGUGUACUGCUGAGGAUGGCUCUGUUAAUGUUGGUUUUGAGAGGGUCAAAAUCCUCAGUGUUCAGAUUCUCUAAUAUUCUACUGAAUCUAAUGCUUUUGGUCACUCAUUUCUGUGGUGGUUCAUAGAUUAUCCAUGAUUCUCCUCCCAAAAUCUUUAAAUGUGAAAUUGCUUCAUGUGGUGAAAAGAGGUAAAAUUACAGCUUUCAUAUUCAUGCACAAUUUACCUUUUCAUUUUCUCUUGCUAUACAGGGAUAUUCAGUAAAUCAGGUACCCCUUAUGGGACGUGUGUGUGUGUAUUUUCUAUUUGUGGGGUCCCAUGAGUAGCUGAGGCAGUAAAUUACUAUGACUUUGUUUGAGAAUUUUUUUAGUUACAGCACAUUAGCUCUUUUGUUUGCUUUUCCACUGAUAGAGUGUGUGUUUUUGUUUGAGAAUUUGUGUUUCUUGAAUGUCUCAUUUAUGGGUAAUAUAGGACGUAAAAUGUGAAGGUCGUACAACAAAAGCUACCAAAGAAAUUGACCUAAGUACCAUUCACCAGUCUGCUAAAUUGUUUCAGAAAAUGUGUAACUUAUUUCAGACUUUGGUUAGGUUUUUCCCCUUAUAAACCCCAGUGUGUAUAAUGAAUGUCUGACGUUACACACAAGGUAGCUAUAUAUAAUAACCUUGCCCUGGCUCAUCCAGCUAUCUCGGUUUAUUUGAAAGAUUAAUAGAUCAGAGGGCCAAGGGACGUGUUUUAUUGUACAUUUCUGUUCCAGAUUUCCUGACAUUUGGGGUUUAAAAAAUACACCUUUAACAGGCAAAGGAAGGGCUAAUAAGAAGCAGAUUCUAAUGUGAUUGUAUGUCAAAAUGUCAAAAAUAACUGCUUAUCUUUGACUUCAUAGCAUUACUCUUCAGCCAUUUUAUUCAUGUAGAUGGGUAGGCACAUACAUUUAUUUAUAUAUACACACAAUCUGCUUCAUUGCAUUAUUCUCCAUCCUCUAUGUAUGUGUGAUAUAUCUACACAUGCAAAUAUAUAUCUAUGUACGCAUAGUGGAGACCUCCACCUAUUUGUACACACUUUUAGCAAGUUAAGGUUUGGAAUAAGACACAGUUUGGUUUCUAAAGCGACAACAAAAUUCCUUGAUGUUUUUCAGUAGUUUAGGUUACAAGAUGAUACGGAUUUUUGUAUGCUAGCCACAAAUUACUUAUUUGUUAUAAACAAUAAUUUGUAGCACAUAGCUUUUCUAGACUGUGAUUUCCUUUUCUUUUUUUAUACAGUUGUGGAACCUUCUAUUUUAAUCAUACAUUUGUAAAUGCUACCAGUGUGUGUGUGUGUACCUCUAACAACAUAAUUGUUGUUAUAAUUUGUGCAUUUGCUUUGGGCCAUUUUGGAACUGAUACAUUUUAUAAAUUAGUAACAAGUGUGUAGACCUCCUGCUUGUUUUAUAAACCAGAGUUCAAGUACAGAAAAUGUAAUUCCUCCACACCAGUUUUCACUUAUCAGAAUUGUCACCAAAGCUCUUUGGAAAUUUUAAAGUGCAUUCAGAAACAAAGCAGUAUGAAAAAUCUAAAACACAGAAUUGAAAACUGUCAAAAGGAGCAUAGUCAGAUAGAAAAUUCACUUUGUAUUGACAGCUAAAAGUUUGCUUGUUCUCCUUACCAUCUUUGAAAAUAUUGAAGGCCAUUCUAGAGUAAAUCUCAGUUUAAAAGAUGCAGCAUAAAUUAAUAAAUAAUGUCAUUAAAGUUUGGUCAUGUUUCAUUCUUGAAAUCUCAUUUAAUAUUUCAGAAUGGUAGUCACUCUAAGAGUAACUGCUUUUGUUUAUUUUUGUUUUUGUGAGGAGUUAUUAUUCAUUCAAUCAUAUAUGGCAUCAUAUAUUGUUAACUUUCUUUAUACGAAAAUUAGGAAUAACUAUAAAUAUAUUUGUUCUAACUUUUAAAUAAAUUCCAGUGUCUGUUCAUCUCAUGCCUAUUACUCUGCUGCUAUACAGUUGACUGUGUGCUAAGGGGAUAUUAUUGAAUUGAAUUAAUACAUUUAGGAAUGUGCUGUCUGGAAUGCACUAUUAAAAUACUUUUGCCCUUGUUUUACUGCCUUUUCCCUUCAGUGGGGGUCAGAGACUGGGGUUUCAUGGAAUUUUAUUCUGCUUCCUUUCCUGUUUCAAAUAUUGACAUUUAUUUAUUUAAAACAUUUCUUUAAACUUGAUUUUCAUCAUAAAUCAUCCAGGACAACAAAACUCAAUGAAGCAAUAGUGGUUGACAGGAAAAGGCAAAAUUAACUUAUCUAUUUAAAGCUUUGAAGAAGGAAACUGUAUUCACCUGGUACCUGAAGUUCAGAGAGCAGGCACCAGAAGAGCAUUUCAUUAUUGGGAUGCCAUCACUGAGAAAAUUCAGUUCUGAGUUGCCACCUAUCUAACCUCUGAAGGUGUGGGCACUUAGAGCAGGGCUUCCGACGGAGAUAUUAUACUUAAAGAAUGGGCAACUUCAUAUGGAAGUUUCUCUGCUCCCAAAACAUACAGUGAGGUUAGAGUAUAUGGUUUGAGUGCCAGACCAGGACAAGGGAGACAGAUUCAACUGUCCACUUGGCCAUGAAGCUCACUGGGUAACUGAGUCGGUCCCCAUCUCUCUCUCUCUUUUUUGGUCUAAUGUACAUGAAAGGGUUGUGAUAAAAUGAAGGGAGGGAACCAUGUAUGCCACCUUAAGCUCCUAAAUUGAAGGGUGACAAAAAUAUAAUAAAUGAAUCCCAGAAGCUGAUAUGCAAAGGGACAUUGUCUUUUCCUUUUUCAUCCUGUGGCUUGAGUGUUGGUAGUCUAAAUAAAUCAGAAAGGCUGAUGGAGAUGUAUGACACUGCGAAGCUGUCUAGCUUCUGCUGUCUGUGUUUGUGUGUGUGUGUGUGUGUGUGUGUGUGUGUGUGUGAAAGAGAGAGAGGAAGGGAGAAAAAAAGGAAGAAAGAACAUGGCUAAGCUUUCAGAAAAUAUCCACCCUAAUGCCUAUUGCUUGCUUCUGUAUAUUAUUAGCUCAGAAAGGAAUAUAUGCAGUGGAACAAUAAAGAGAAAACACAAUCCAUUCAGCACUAUGUGUUUGGAUAAAGCUUUCUAUGAAUGCUUCAUUGAGAACUUUGGUGAAAUAAAAGCAAGCUGGCUGAGCAAAAUGAGUUGCUGGCCUUUGAUUCCUGCUUGAAAUGCUGAUGACCAAAUAUUUCCAUUCACGUCUCUUUUAACUUUUUGAUAUGCUUCAUGUGGGUUGCCAAAUAAUAAAAAAGCAUUAUUCUGUUGUCUGAAAAGUCAAUUUGCAUUUUCCUUGUUUUUAUUAAUCAAUAUGAUGAAAUGAUUCAUUUUAAAGACACUCCUGCAUCCUCUUUUGCUGCCAUCUUCAUUACCCCAAGGAAAAGGAAAAGAGGAACUAAGGUUCUUUACUUGCAUUCAGUUCUUAUUUUUGCAGCUGAAUGGCUUGGAACAGAUUCUAGCAUGACAUCCUGGUAGUAAUAACAGCAGCAUUAGCAAUUAGCUUUUGCCUUAGCAUGCCAAAUGUCCAUCAGAAUAAGUUGCAACUUAAGUUUAAGUUAGAGUAAUCCUACAAAGAUUCAAAUUCCUUUGCAAGAAUUUGCCAGUUUUACUUUAAAACGCACCUGGACGCCACCACUUAAAGUAGUAAAUAGUCUGAAAGCUUUCCUGUUUUAACAAUGCACAUAUUUUUUCUUACAAUGCACAUUUUGUGGUUUCAGAACUCCUUAAACUUAACUGUGUAUUAAAGCACUAUUCCAUAAUGAAAAAAUGAGGGGGAAAGUUGCAGAAUAAAGACACCUAAUAUUUAGUUUUUGCAUUCUUUGUCUCCAGUUUAUACUCUUAGACUCAUGAAGGUGACUUAUGAUGUGCAGUGUUUUCUUUGGCAAUGCCUCAAAACCAGAAACAUAUUUAAGGCCAAGCUUUCUAGAUAUUAUCUCAAGUAAUUUAGAAGUUCAUUAUAGGGCACCCACUAGGCCUGCUACAGUAAGGGUCUGUCAGCAUUUUACAGUGGUUUAUAACUUGAGCAUAAAGAAAAAAAGUCUCUGUGGGUUGAAACUUGGCAUUUAGGAUUUAAGACUGGGAACAGAUUGUUUUAACAAAUUGAAAAGUAAAAUUGACUCGUUAUCAAAUUAUAUGUGGUCUAAAUUUUAGAUUUCUGGUUUCAUCUCAAAAUUUCUGACAUUAAAGUAUUUUCUGAAAGCGUCAUCAUACAUGCUUGGUAUCAAACAAAGGCGAAUAUAUGUUUUUUAAAAAUGAAGAAAAUGCUAACUGAUUUAUGGUACAAUCCUUAAAUCCUCCUAAAUUCAGACAUAUAAUUGGUGUAUUCUGUAGCAAUUAGCUUGAGUGCCAUAGCCAAAAAAAUAUUAAAGGGUUGAUGAUAUAAUUUGGGUCAGGAUUUAUAUUAUGCAACCUGUUUUCAAUGACAGUAUUCAUGUCAAGAACAGGUGAAGCAGUAAUAAAACAAUUGUCCUUCUGAGGAUCCAUCUUGAUACUAUGGUUCUCCCUCCCCCUCUGCACAGUGACCUAGGUAGCAAAACUCCGGUUUACUCAAUGCUGCCCCACCCUUUCCUCCACACACCAAUUGGGAAAUCCUGUUUUUACUUGAAAAUGCAUUUUCCUGACACUGUAAUCAGGUGGGUAAUCCAUGGCCUUAUAUGUGCAGCAUCUGGUAGCACUCCGGGAUCUCUCUUCCUUUCCAUAAACCCUGCAGUGGCAUUGGAGCUUGGAGACUCAGCCUAACAGAGCAGCGUAACAUCCUUUAGAAAUCUGUUCUAGCUGCUACACUUCAUGGAGAGGAAAGAUACCUUUGCUACUGCCCUCUGUGAUGACUUCUCAUGGCCUCCCACACCACACCACAGGGGUGUGAUCCAGAAGCUCCUCUUGCUCCUCUUGUGAAUAUGUUAUUUCCACUGGGUAUCAUGUGCUUUGCCACACUUCUUGGUGCAGUCCUGAAACAGGGAAAACUCCACAAUGGUGUUGGGAAGAUGCUUCAGAAAUGCCUCCUUGAGACUUUAUGUCCAAGUAAACCUACAUAAAUUCAGAUUACAGGAACUAUAAGAGGCAGACAAAGGAUGGGAGGGAAACUUAAGAAUGUGUGUGAAUGGAUGUGUGCGUGAAAGAAUAAGAUAAUGAAUGAUGGAUGGAUGGCUGGGGUGUAUACUUGGUGUGUGAAUGGAUGACUUGCGGGUUGGGGGCUUGUGUGAAAGUAAGAACGAAUGAAUGAAUGACAAAUGUGAGAGAAGGGGGUGACAAAAAUAGUUAUCCCUGCUGAUUGUUUUGUCCUUACACAUGGCUGAUAUACAACAUGCAACCAUUUUCUUCCACAACAAAGGGCUAGGUAAGCCAUUGGCCUGAUUCCAUAUGACAACUCCUUUUAUCUAUAUCUGGUCAUCUGAAUACAGCUACAUCUCUGUAAAAUUUAUAUCUGUGUUUUUGUGAUGAUGCAAUCAUAUUAUAACUGUAUAUUAAAUUAUCCAUUAUUUGUCGACGUGUCAGAAACAAAUCAGCACCCUGUUAAUUGUUCCUCACCCGUGCUUCUUUGGAAAUACUGUAUGUUCUGUGUUAGUUUUCUGUACCCUUGUCAGCAUGACGAUCAUAGAAAAAUUAAUAUUUCCCUCUUUGACUCUAUUGCACUUUAAAGCAGCUAAAUUACUCUCUUUGAAGUGUAAUCAAGUUCAGCAUUGUAAAGAAAUCUAAUACUUAAAAUUUGAAUGCGGUUGCUCAGAAGCUGUGCACUAUUAGUAAGAUUUUAUUAAAUGCAGAUUUUUGUGGGAAUUCAAGAAUGUAUGAUCUGACUCAGGCUAUACUUUAACAAUGAGUUUUCUUUUAAGUGUUCAAAGCAUGAUGCCAGAUUAUAUGGACCCCUAAGUGAGUGGUGAACCCACUUCCCCUUGCUCACUUGUAAAAUUGUAGUCAACUGUCUUCAUUGCUAUAAUACCUUCUUCAGUAAAAUGGUGAUCAUAUAUACUGCCAGCCCCUUGUGGGUUCUUUGCCCACAGUGUUCAUGAUAUUGCAACGUCUUUGAUAUGAAGCUAAACAUCUAACCAAAGUUUACAUAGGCAAAAUUGUGUUAAGGUGUUAAAAGCUUGUAAAAUUAGGUCUCUUUAAUCACCUCCUUAGCCUUCUAAAUUACAGUUCCGCAGUAGCUCUGUAAUUGAAAGAAGCACAUAUAUUUACAAAAUUGUCCAUUGAGAGUUGACUUUUAGGUGGGUUGGAUUUUAGUAAAGAUGUCCAGGAACAACAUUUGCUAUUGGCUACUAAAUCUGAACAUCUGGAUAGGAAAAGGUGGCCCUUUGAAGAGAGAAGCUGGUUAAAUUUGGAUUUAAAGAGUAAACGUGCCAUACUUGAAGGAAAUUAAUAGAGAUAGGUAGCAGUUGGUGUUGUGUUGCAUGGAAGAAAACAUUGGCACUACUGAUAGCCAAAAAAUGGAACAUAGAUUCAAUAAUGGACAUUUGAAUCCUAACGCAAUGCCAAAAAAAGAAGCUAGAAAAAAUGGGGGAUGUAGGUCUUGUGGGAAAUGAAACCAAUACAUGCAUCAACAUCAGAAGCGGAUAGAUUUCUAGUUCAAGAGGGGGAAGAAGUUUAUUUUCUUUAAGAAACUCAUUCUUGAAAGGAACCAACAGACCUGUUUUCUGACCAGAUCCAGAGAUACAUGCCUAUUUAGCUGAACAUUGGGAAUAUUAAAGUGCUUGCUAAAUGUUGUUAAAGUGCCAGCGUUACUUCAUGCUACUCAUUUAUGUGUGAAGGCCUACAGCUACCAUAAAAUUAUAUUAAUGUAUAUACAGAUGAGUGGUCAAGCUUGUAAGGUAAAAAAGUAAAGGACCCUUGGACGGUUAAGUCCAGUCACAGGUGACCAUGGGGUGCGGCACUCACUCCGCUUUUCAGGAUGAGGGAGCCAGCAUUUGUCCACAGACAGCUUUCUGGGUCACAUGGCCAGCACGACCAACUGCUACUGGCACACAGAGGACCAUGUCAAGUGCCAGAGCGCACGGAAACACCAUUUACCUUCCUGCCACAGCGGCAUCCAUUUAUCUACUUGCACUUGUAUGCUCUCGAACUUCUAGGUUGGGAGAAGCUGGGACAGAGCAUGGGAGCUCACCCCGUCACGCGGAUUUGAACGCUAACCUUCCAAUCGGCAAGCCCAAGAGGCUCAGUGGCUUAGACCACAGCACUACCCGCAUCCCUAGGUCAAGCUAGUAUAACUUGCUGGAGAGUUGGGUUUAUCUGGUCUAGAAAACUUAGUUGUGGCUUCCCAUAGGCAGCUUACCUUUUCAACAACAUUGCUUGGAUAAAUAAAGCUACUAUAACAAAGGUCAAACAGGGUGAGUAUGUAUAAAAAGCUACAAAAAAAAUACAAUUAAUUUUUCAAAUUAGGUAGUUGCCUUCACCUGAAACGCAUCUGCUGGACUAAGAAGACAAUUCACACAAUAUUUUAUGUCCAAAAUACAGAUAGAUAUAAAUGCAUACUCAAUGUGUUGGUUGUUAAACAUACUGAAGAAAAGCUUAGCUUUGGUACCAAAUGUAAGUUUCAAAUGAUUUCAAAUUGUUUCCACUUUCAGAAAUCUGAUAAUAAUCAUAUAGCAAUAAAAUGAAACAAGUGUGCUGGGUGAACAGUGACAGAAGUAGCUAAAUAUUAUAUAAGGCAAUGCCGAGCCAUUAUCUAUAUUGUCUAAAUAACAUAACCAUGAGCACAUUUGGAAUGUGAAAGAGACAGAACAGAUCUUCCAACAGCCAGCUUUAUGAGUAUACAUCUAAAUGUAAGACAGCAUCUUCAGUAGAUUAUUUGUGACACUUUCCCUUAUACUACUUUACAUAUUUGUACGUGUUGUAUGUAGCAAUAGAUAUACAUCCACUAAUCUUUCUUGAUAGGAAAAAGAGAUUCAUUCAUAGUUGAUAUGCUAGAAUACAUUAUUUAUGUUUGAAUAGAAAUUUCUUGGGUGGAAGAAACUGAUUUGUUUAAAACUGUGUCCAAGUGAGCAGUUGUUUUGUCUAAUCCCUCUUCCUUGUGUAUUUGACAGAUUAUUUCUUGAAGCUUGAUGAGCCCAUGAACAAUAUCACCACUACCUUAGGCCAGACGGCAGAACUGCACUGUAGGGUUUCUGGGAAUCCUCCUCCAACUGUGCGUUGGUUGAAAAAUGAUGCUCCUGUUGUACAGGAACCCAGAAGGAUAUCUUUCCGUGCGACGAACUAUGGAUCUCGAUUACGAAUAAGAAACCUUGAUACCACAGACACCGGCUACUUUCAGUGUGUGGCAACAAAUGGCAAGAAAACCGUUUCUACCACUGGGGUACUGUUUGUGAAAUUCGGUAAGAAGUCCCUCUUGCUGGAAAAGUUCCUCUUUCAAGAAAAGUUGGGUAAAAUGGAGGCAAAGAUAAAUGUUUUCCCAUCAUGCCCAACCAAGUUAACACAGGACAUAGCUGAACAAAACUGCAUAUUCAGAAUAACAAAGCAAGCAGAUUUAUCACUUUAUUCAAGAUUACAGAUGUAAUCAGAUUACAUCUGAUUCAUGUUAAUACAAGCCAUUGCAAUCUGAUUGAUGUUAAUACAAGCCGUUGCAAUGGAGAAUCUUGUGAUAUUGUUACAUUAUAAACAGCUUGUUAAACAAACAGUGUUGGAGGCAGGUGCAACUAAGAGCCAAACUACAUGUUAUAUUAAAUGUGUAAGCAUUUUUUAUUACUUAAAUAUCAGCCACACAGGCUAGGAUAGCACUGAGAUAUUGGUGUGCAGGGAUUUAAUGUUUUCUUUUCCUGCUGUCCUGCUUGGGCGGGGAAACCAUUUCCCACAUAUGAUGCUGUUGGUGCCAAUGGAAGCUUUUCUCCCAUGGCUAAAUGCAAAAUGCAGCAAAAGAAUUAAAUCGCAGGAUACGUCCACCCUGAUGCUGCUUUGAGGCCCCAACCUCUGCAGACUAGAUUUAAAUAGUAAUUUCAAAAUGUGCCCUUAAACUUUUUGCAUGCAUUUAACAUCACAUUUUGUUUCCCCCCUAGCACUGCUGGCCAGUGGGCUACUUCUGCCCUUAGGCACAAGAACAUGUAAUCUGUUAUUGUUGUUGUUAUAUAUCUUGCCUUUCUUCCACCAUGGAAUCCAAGCUGGCCUUACAUAUGGUUCCCAGACAAUCACCCAUUCAGGCAUUCAGCAGACCCAAAUCUGUUUAGCAAGGUAGUGGCCUCAUGUGCUUUCAUAUCAUAUACUGGGGUUACAAUACUGAGCAGACUGAAAGCCAAACUGUACUAACCACACACACAAACACACACUGUCUGUCAUUGUAUAUAGAAUGCACUCAUUAAAAUAUUAAGUGAUGUAAGAGCAAAAUGUAUACCUAUUGGUAGCAGAGAAAUACAUAGCAAUAGCUUUGAAUCUUAUAUUAGAAAUUUGGAACAAUAAAAUAUAAUUAAAAUUGACUUAAGCAAAAACAAAAAAUUUCCUGCUGUAAACUUAGUAAAAACUAACUCCUCCUCCUCCUCUUCUUCUUUUUUAAAAAAAUUCUUAUUUUUCUAGGUCCUCCGCCAACAGCAAGUCCAGGAACAUCGUGAGUUGUUAAAUACUUACUAUGUUAAUUAAUUCUGUAAUGUUUUUUAAAAAGUAAUUUUAUAGUUCAUAUGUAUUCUGCUCUGAAUUCAACAUUAAGAAUAGAAUUGUGGUAUCAUUUUAAAUUCAUUAUAUGUAUAUAUUCACACAUGCACGCACACACUAGGAGUUGUACAGUGGGUCAUGCCCAAGCUAGAGAACUGCUUCUUCUGUCAGCUAAAUCAAAUUGUUUGCUUGCUUCCAUGGUCCUUAAUCCACCCUAACUCUCCUGAAUGUUUGGAAAGAGUGCAGAUGACAGACCUGAGAUGUUACCCACUUUUGACAGAUGCUUGCAGACACUGUGCUUUUUCUUAGUCUUUGCUGUGGGCAAAGGAAAAUGUAGGCUACAGCUCAAAGCAUUUUAGAAUCCAUUCCUACAAACACAGGAUUAUAUUCAGUUGAAGUCGCAACAGAACAUUCUCUCCCUCUCCUCCCACUACAUACCCCCUAAAUCUGUUCUUAGGGUUCCCCCAGUCCUCCAGAGCAGAUUUGGGAAUGUUGCAGGGUGCAUGAAGGAAACCCCUUUUGCGCCAGUACUGAUUUUGUGUCUGCAUAAGUAUUUAAUUUAAUAACACCCAUAGUGUUUACUAUCACACUGGCCUUGGUCAAAUGCAAGAGGAGAGGAAGACUGUGGCUGUGUACAACCCCCUGUUUCCUGCUGACUCUGAAUCCAGUGUACUCACACCACUGGUUUGAGAAGUGGUGUACACAACCCAUACAGUGGUGCCUCGCAAGACGAAAUUAAUCCGUUCCGCGAGUCUCUUCGUCUUGCGGUUAUUUCGUCUUGCGAAGCACGGCUAUUAGCAGCUUAGUGGCUAUUAGCGGCUUAGCGGCUAUUAACGGCUUAGCGGUUUUAAGAAAAAGGAAACAAACUCUCAAGAACUCGCAAGACGUUUCGUCUUGCGAAGCAAGCCCAUAGGGAAAUUCGUCUUGCGGAACGACUCAAAAAACGGAAAAUUCUUUCAUCUAGCGAGUUUUUCGUCUUGCGAGGCAUUCGUCUUGCGGGGCACCACUGUAUUAUCGUGUUUCUCCUGUUGCUUCUUAUGAAAUACUGUGUUCUGAUGUGUUUCCCCCCAAAAAACUAACUUCAAUCUGAAUGGGGGGGGUGGUGGUGGAAUGACCUAGCUUUCGUUUUGGAGGAGCCAGAACCAGGUAGCACUGCCACCCUUGUUAACCACACUAUGUGUUGUUCAAAGCUUUGAUUCCUGACCUUUCACUUGUUGCUGUGCCUGAGGAAAUCCCUCUAGGUUUCCUGACAGGCCCUGAGCCGAAGGACCUAAGAAUGAACUCAUCUGCAGGGUUUUCUGAUGAUCAUUGAGGGAAAAGGGACCUAGUAUGGUCCAACAACUCCAAAGAAGCUACAGGCCGACUCGUUGAAAACCAGCAAGUUAAAUGCAAGCAAGGCAGAGAGUUAAAAGCUCUUUUCAUGCUGGGUUUUUCUGGCAUGAAAAGAGCUUUUAAGCCCUCUGCCUUGCUUGGGGUCAAGGCUCGCUCAGUGCACCAGUGCACUGGAAGGCUAGGGAUGCUCACACAGAAGUGGUUCCAAGGUGAGGGGUUGAGUUUACAUAUUUUUGCAUAUGUAUGGCCCUGAACCCCUGCAUAAGAUUCAAAUGGACUGUGCUGUUUAUACUAUGGCAGCUACGGUUGACCAGUAAAAUUAAGCUACUCAUGCUAUUAAGGAAUCUCAACUUGAUUAAAAAGCUAAAAAGAUAUGCAGAAAAAGGGAACUGUCCAUGACUGAAAGCUUUUGUUACAAUGGUUUUGCCAUCUUAUUCACUUUAACUUUCUAAGAACUCCUGCUGAUUUUUAACAGAGCCUAGUUUUGUGUAUUUGCACUUAAGCUUCCAGCUCAAUCCUAAACAUGUUUACUCAGAAGUAAACCUCAAUAGGGCUUACUCCAAAUAAUGUGUGCACAGGAUUACAGCCUUAAUUGCUUGAUGGUUUUGCACAUAAUAAUUCUAUUUUAACUUACUCUGUGACACUAAUAAUGAUAUUACGAUACUGCAAUGUGGAUAAUCCUUUUAGCAUGUUUUUUUUUUUAAAAAAAGUAUGUGAUGCUGUUAAAUCAUUUAGCAACAUGAAAAUAAAUUGUUUUGCUUGAAGUAGGCGAUGUAGAUGGUUAAUUAGCCCUGAACAGCAUCUCCUGUGGGACAACUCUGAUUUUAAAUAUUCCCAUUCUUAAUCUGUGAUUAAACAAUUCAUGCUGUCAGGCCUGCUAAAUACAUUGUGCAGGCUAAGGAAUAUUUUGAUUGCAAUUCUCAAAGAGACUUACCUUUAAGUAAAAGUGGUGUUGUGCAAAGUGGACCAAGGAUCUACUGCAAUACAAUUGUGUCAGUCUGGGGAAGGCUGUCAAAGAAGAAAGUGACAUGUUGCUAUCCUUUCUAAAGAAAAAUCACAAAAAUGCACCUUUAGGUUUUAGGCAAGCAAAUAAAUAAAAGUAUUCAAUUUACUUAAAGCAUUUUCUUUUCACUUAGUGGCAUUCCUUCUUCUAGCUUUAUGGCCUUGAACAAAAAUCCCGUGUCCGGUAUAUGCUUGCUUUCCUUGACCAUCCAGAAGAGACUUGUAAGAAGAGGCACAACUUCUGUCCUGUUAUGCAUUGCCUUCGUCGACUUUAAGUUUUACUAUUAAUCAAGGUGCAGUAGAUUGAUAGCGGGAAGGAACAUGAAAAAUGAGUAAAACUAAACUAAAGGUUGGGAGUUGUGUGGGGUUUUUUUUUACUUUGCUUGAGUAAGUUUUCUUCUGGAAUUUGCAGCAUAACAGAGUUGAUAAAUGUUGGUUUCUCACUUUCUCUCUCUGCAACCGUGGGCCAAAGUACACAUUGCACAGGGAGAUCUGUCACUGGGAGCAGUGUGAGUGCUAAUAACAUGUAACCCUUUUCUAGUCUGCUUCCCCGCCCCCCAUCAUCACUCUCAGGUUACCAUUUGCUCUGCAUUUGUAAUGCAGACACCUGCAUGAGGACUGUAUCCCCCCCCCCCCAUGUUGCAAAUAGUUCUGCUUGGGGGAAGAGUGCAUGAUGAAAUGGUUAAAUGCCCCCACCUCCUGUGCUGCUUCCUUGGUCUUACUAAGAGCCUCACCUCACCCCACCGCUUCAUUUAAGGGAAAUGCUGAGAAUUCAGUCACAUAUCUUAUUGGUCUAAUGGGUAAAGUGUGAAAGAAAUGGUGCUAAAUAUGGAGUUGAGUGUCCAGACUGGAACAAAGUUAGAAAUUGUAAUGCCCUCAUUCCAAGUCCUUGAACUCUCAAGGUCUCAAGCUAGAAAGAGAGAGGUUUGUUGUGUUAAGCCAUAAUGAAUCAUGGAUUUCAGUAGUAAUGAACAUGAUGUAUUACUUUCCAUAAGUACCCAUUCAAAUGGCUUUAACAGAAAGAAAGCCAAAGUGCAGUAGUUAGAUAUUGUUACGUGGCAGAUCAGUCAGUACUUUUUCUGAUAGCUCCCCAAAUGUGUGAUGAAGAGUUGAAGCUAGAGAGAACCUUAAUACCUCCAUCCCCACCAGAUGCACCAGUAGCAGCUGUUCACGAGGGCAUAAUAUAUGAAUGAGGUCUGCACACGUAGAACCUAGCAUAAUCCUGGUCAUAUGGCUGAUUUCCCAGGUUAAAUUGAUAUCCAAGUGAAAGUAAUUCAGUUGAACUAGAUAGUGCCCAUGUCCUGAUAUUCAUCUAGUUUAUGCUGGUAGGUUCUGAUCCAACAAGUAAUAUGUACAUUGAAUCUUGCUUGGUGUUAAAUGUUUGCAAGAGUGCUUGCACAAAUGUAUCAAUGCACAGUUCUAUGGUUUCCCUUUGGCUGAGUGGAGAAAUUGUGACACCACUUACCUGCAAUAGAAAUAUAUGACAGAGGAACAGGACUAGAAAUGUUAUGACACCAUUGAGUUGUUAGCAUUUGUAUCAUUGGGCUGGAUUGAACUAACCCAUUCCUGCUUAUACAACAGGGCUUUCUUUCCCCCCUCCCCUCCUCUCCCCGCCCCUCCCUGCUGCACAAACUCUGUGCCUCCCCCAAAUUCACUAUAGAGGGUUGGGAGAACCCCCAAAGCAUUUGGGUGGGAUUGGAGAUCCUUUUGUCAGACAAGCAGAAAUGCUGACAGAAAGAUCUACUUAGCACCAUUCCUCUCUCUUUCUUUAGUGCUAAAACAAUCUUAUAAAAGCAACUAACAAAACCCAGUUGGAGAACAUUUCAGCCUCCCAUGACACUCUGUUGGUGACCUUAAAGUGAGAAUUCUUGAAAGAAGAAUGAAAUCACAACUUAUGGACAAGUUCAGUUCUAUCAGCUGAACAGAGAUAACAAGUUUUUUAACCCCACUGCAGGUGUUAAUUAGCUAGCAAUGGCAGGAUGUUUGUGUUACCAGCAACACUGCUUCGGGACUGGUCACUGUGCUUAUUUUACAUACAUUUAAUCUUUACUUAUUGUCACAGUCUAGUUUUUUUGUACUAUUUCCUUUUCCUCUGACCACACCGGCUACAUUCCACACACCCUAAAACCAUGCAUAUGUAUUCUUGCUAAUUGAAGAUAACACUUCAUGACUCUAGUGAAGUUUUUGCCAUCUUGUUCUUCAGAGUGCCACAAGAUGCUUUUGACUAAAAACAAAAAAGACUAAUAUGGCUACCCCUCUGACAACUGUGCCAAAAAUAAGAUUUAAAUAUCAUACAACGUUAAAAUACAAACAUAUUAAAAUAACAGUAAAAACAACAAAAAAUGAUCUUAAAUAUAAUUGCUUGCCUGGAUCAAGGCAUUGUGUCUGGCUGCCUCAGUUAUGUUGAGAAGCUGGCAUCUUUGUGCUCAACAUACAGAGGUUGGAGGGCCAGGUUGGGAGAGUGAGUAUGACACUGGUAUGAGGCAAGCAGUGUGGCUCAAUUGCCCUUUAUUCAUGUAGAAAUCUUUGACUUUCCCAAGUAGUAUUUAUGUAUAGUUCAUCUGCUUAUAAAGUCAUAUGGGAACAUUUUACUUUUCCUAUUCUGCUUCUAGCAACUUUUGUCAUAGUAUACCUUACUUGAUCCUGCUUUCUUUCUCUGGUGUAAAAUAUAGGGAAGAUACAUUUAUUAUAUGGGACGCGGGUGGCGCUGUGGGUAAAACCUCAGUGCCUAGAACUUGCCGAUCAUAUGGUCGGCGGUUCGAAUCCCCACAGCGGGGUGAGCUCCCGUCGUUCGGUCCCAGCUCCUGCCCACCUAGCAGUUCGAAAGCACUCUUAAGUGCAAGUAGAUAAAUAGGUACCGCUUUAUAGCGGGAAGGUAAACGGCAUUUUCGUGUGCUGCGCUGGUGCUGGCUCGCCAGCUGCAGCUUCAUCACGCUGGCCACGUGACCCGGAAGUGUCUUUGGACGGCGCCGGCUCACGGCCUCUAGAGCGAGAUGAGCACGCAACCCUAGAGUCGGACACAACUGGCCCGUACGGGCAGGGGUACCUUUACCUUUACUUACAUUUAUAACACAAUAUCCUGAAUUCUAGGUUAAGGUUAGAGUCCAAUAGCAUCACUGAAUUUAGUGGGAUUGCUUCCUAGUGAACAUGUAUAGGAUUUCACUGUAGAAUAACCAUUAGACUUUUUCACUGUAAGGCAGCCAUUUUAAAAUAAUAAAAAUGAUGAUGAUGACGACGACGACAAUGCUUCUUUCUAACUACCAAGAAAUAGACUUGACCCCCAAAGUGUUAAAAUCAUAUCCCAGUAGUAAUCCAUUAUUUGCCACGCAUUGAAAUCUGCGAUAAUUUCCAUGACCCAGAGAGCAGCCUACUCUUUUAAUGGCCUUAGAACUGUAUUACUUCCUUAAUCUUCAAGCUGUUUGGCUGCUACCAUGAUGGAUCAGCAGUCAGAAGAGAGAUAGAACAGUCUGGUGCUACAACAGCAGCAGCAGCUGCAGACAUGGCAUAGCAGAUUCCAAGAGAUAAGAGGAUUUCUUAAAAGGGGAGAAAAUACUUUUAGCCUGGGAAAAUGGGUUGAAACUUUAGCCUUUUCCAUCUUCAUGUCAUUUCCUCUCCUUUUCCACUUCUUAUAUUAUUAUCCUAGACUUUAUGGUGCACUUACAUCAGUAUAAAUCAGAAGCAAGCUCACUGAAAGCUUUGAAGGAUUUUACAUUGCUGUAACUAAGAGGAACACACAGAGAUAUCUGGCCAUAGAAUCAAACUAAGAGUUAAACUAAAUUAAACUAAGAAUGGCUCUCCAAUACAAAAUCUCAAUGUUAGGUUUCAUUAAAAGGCACAAAUCUUGUAUGUCUCCACCAUGUGCAUUUUCAAAUUUAGAAGCAUUUCUAAAAAGUUUCGUGCAUUAGAAAACCCACUCUAGUGCUGUGUAGCUGCAAUGGAUAAGAGGAUGAACCGUGAGCUAGGAUGUUACAGGUUAAUAAUUUCUGUAUGCCAAGCAUCUCAGAACAUCGAAGCCAGAUCUGUAUGUGCUUGCCUUGAGCUACUGCACAGUUUUUGUGUUACUGAAUCGCUGGAAGAGUUGCUUAAUAACAACUGGCCAAAAACAGUUAAAUCUGGAUAUCCUAGGAACUCAACAGAUUGGCAGAAUUCAUGUAGGGGUUAGCACUUGAGACUGUAGGGCUGAAUUUCAUUAAUAAUGUGUGGGAGUGGGAGGAAGUAAUAAGCUGAGCAAUUUGGGGUGUUCCCUUCUGGAAAGUUGAUAGGUUCAUGAUGCAUAGUUUUUAAACUAGAGGGUAGCCAAAAAAGCCACAGGGCUGAAGGGCGGAAACUGUGAAUGCAUCAUUACAUCUGAAUUUCCAUUACAGCAAAAUCCUGCCUUGCCCACAGUGGGCAGAUAGACCUUCAGAAGUCAGGUCAUGUUUGCAAACUGUGGAAUUUUAUCGAUAGAUAAAAAUAGGAUCUUUGUAUUUUGUUUUCUACUCACAAUUUUCAGAAUGGGGUGGGCUAUAAAACAAGCAAGCAAGCUCCUCAUAGGGGUGAGGGAAUCACAGCAACAAAUACCUAAAGCCCUCAAAACAAAACCACUCAGUCCACUGUGGGUGUCUUAAUGCAAAUGGCCGUUUUGGUAAGGACUGCAAAAAUGGCAAGAAAGAUGUUUUCUAUGCCAGAAGUCCAGCGUUAAUCCUACUCUGCCAUGCAUAUACCAUGGACUUGAAAGAGUUGGGAGACUUUAUUGAAUUUUUAAAAUGAUUGCUGAUUCAUCCCAGUUGAGGCAAAGUCUGAGGUUUGCUCCUUUUAUCUGUGAUUGAAUAUCAGCAACUGAGAGGCUGAUCUGAUAAAGCCACAUGCUCUCCACUCUUCUCACUCCACACCACAAGAAUUCCAGUUUUAUUUCCAUGGGAGAAAAGCUUGCUGACUUCUCCUUCUUAGCCUGGCUUCAUUGCCAAAGUGUAUAUCUUCUGUGAUGCCUACUAGAAACUGAAAACAAUCAUUAUACUGCAACCAAUGUUUUGGGGGCUCAGGGCAGGGUGACUUCAUGGUAUUAAUGAGACCAUUUUAUAACAGACAGCCUUGUGAAGAAGAUUACAUUGAAACUCAAUAUGAAGCCAGUAAGGCCAGAUUCAUUUAUUGCUUUCGAUGGAACAGGGCACAUUGUAAGCUAUGUGGCCCAAACCAGUUCCACUUAAAGUUAACAAAGCUGCCCAUUGUUGUGAAGAAGUGUCAAUCUUGCAGACUUCAACUUAAACAAGUUUACCCUGUGCUUCACCGAUCUUUGGAGUAGCCAGUGGUCUCAAUCUUUGGGAAUGUGUUUAUUCAGUCUAGUAAAAACAUUAAAAAGGGGAAUAAAUCCCUGGUGACCUGAACUGCCUUUCACUGCUGCUAUAAACCAUAGAACAUUUAGAAAGGACUUUUAGAGGUAAAGAUAAUAUAGUUUGCAUAGCCAGUGUGUAUAUUAUGGUCUUGAGUGGUAGUUACAGAGGUCACUUGCAACUUAUAUUACUUCAUCACAAAAUCAUUAAGGGUGCAGAAGAAAGAUUAUAAGGUGUUACAUCAUUUAUUCCAAAAAUUAAAACCAUAUACAGUGCUACAGUGGUGGCCAUAUCUAAGUAAGUAAAGUGACAGAAAUGUAAUGGUAGGAGUUCCUAUCAGAAGUCAAUUGCUGUAAAACGGGGUUAAACAUUGACUUCACAAUGUGGCGAGUUUAUUGAUCUUGUUAACAGCAAAAAAAUGUGCAUGGUUAUUUCUGUGGGAAAGCAAAACAUUUAUCCACUCCCUUGUUAUCUAGAUGGUUUUUCAGUUCUGAGUCGACUAAUGCCCAUGCCACCCGUUUUCAUUUAUAUCCCAUGCAAUUCCAGGGGCAAGUUACUUUCACCUUCCUUAUUCAGGUUCAUGUCCUGUUUUGAAAGAUUUCUGUUCAGAUUGCAUAGUGGUGGGAGCUAUUCUCUUAGUUCCAACAACAGGUCCUUGCACUGUAUCAGCAAUAGCUUUUCAAAUUCCCCCAAGUUUCAAAAGAGGCUCAUCCAGCUCCACUGUGUACAUUAUAGGCUGACAGCCUUGCCUAGUUUUGAACUUGAGAUUUAUUUUUUAUUUUAUUUAUUUAAUUUAUAUACCGCCCUAUACCCAGAGGUCAAAGAUUAAACUACCCAUGUCAAGGCAGAGCAGCUAUUAUCAUUUGGAAUUGUUCCACACUUGUAUUAAUUUAGAUAACUCCUUUGUUGUGAGAACAGGCUGAUACUACCUAUGUCAAAAUCAAGUGCAACUGUCCAUUAACAAAACCAGUGAUGUGGACAUGGCAUUGUAUGUUAUGAUUCACAUACAAAGCAUAUUGCUCAUAAAUUUAACAUUGCUUCAUUGUUUUGGUAGCAUAUAGGCAUCUUUUUAAACAAUACUUGGCUGAAGCUGUUUUUUUAAUGCAUUUGUAAAAUGCAUGUUUUCUAUUACCAAGCCCAUGAUAAGAGUUUUGCUUGAUAUAAACCAGCUUUCUAGCCAGCCUUAGAUUCCAGUUUUUGGACUUGAUAAAGUAAAACAACACAAGUAUGCCAUAGCCAAGUUUAUUAAAACAGGGUUGUCUUAGACAGCUUCUUUGAAACAUCUUUGUAACCUCAGGUAAUAAUUUUUCAGCGAUAAGUCAGAUAAAUGAAAUGAUUAAUGCACACAGGUUUAUCUGUAGCAUUACUAAGAAUAUCAUUAAAAAUUGACCUUGUCAUAAAACGUUUUACAGAAGAACAUUAGCCAUACUGUUUACUCUAUUUUUUUUUAGAUGAUGUCCUUGCUAUUUUUAAAAGAAACCUUUAAAUAUUGACAUAACAUGUAAAAAAAAUGGGGAAACAUUAUUGUGCCGUCCUCAAACCUUUUGCAUCUAUUAUACUAGGGACAGACUCACAUGAAAUCCAACUGUAGCUAAUAAGUCUUGGGGUAUCUUCUGAGGGACAAAGGAAGCUAGACAGUGGUGUGGCAGGGACACAUGCUACUCCAUACAACUUUUUCAUAACCAAAUACAAGGCAGAAACACGUGGUUUCCUUAUCCCAGAGGAUCAGCAACCUAGGCCUAAUUGUAUGCAGCCUUUGGUCUAAUUUCCAAAGCUCUUUGCAAAUGGAACAGGAACAGUUAUUUUGCCCUCCCCUGGCAGCCCAUUGGGUGCAGAAGAAACAGGUAGGGAGAGAGAAAAGGACUAGUAGAAAGGACUGUUCAGGACUGAACAAAGCUGUACUAGUCACCUGGUCACUGCUGUUAUUCCUGUGCUGUAUAGUACAUUUCAUCCCCAUGUCUAAGAUGAUAACGGGAUGCCAACAAAAGCAGAUUAAUUAGGAUUAAAAAUCCUGGACACCUGUGAGCACCAUGUUGGGUAAUGGCUUUCAGAGUUAUUUUCACAGUGAUUGCAUAUUUGACUCUAUGUAGCCCAAGACUCCAAAGGUUUGCUUAGGCCAAUCAAAUGAUAGGAUCUCUAACAUUUUGAAUAGCAGUGUUGUGUCCUGGGAAGCAGAGAAGAAAUUAGGCAAGAUUCUAGAAAUAAGAGAACUACAGAGAUGGCUGGCUAAGAGAAAAGGUUUUUUUCAAAAUAAAGUAUUAAAUAUUCCAAGUUAUUGGUACAUUUUAAAAUUGUUUUUGUGCUAUUGACGUCUUUGUAAGUUCAAUUUGACUAGCAUAUUUACAUAUAUAUUCUUCAAAACUCUCACUGCAAGCUUGUGAGAGAAAUUGUAAUAUAUGAGGUUUGAUUUAAGUUUGCUUUGGUUAAGAGCCAUUGCUCUUUUAAGGGCCCUGCAUUGGGACUGUGCAGGCAUAUUAUGGGGGAAGGAAAGGUUGCACUUGAUAACUUUCACCCCUUCCAUUCCCCUGACUCAUAUCAUCUACCAAGCCAUUCGGGCUGGCCCCACAUUUCCACCAGGUUUCAAUAAGGAAUCAGCGUGUGGCUACAUGACUAGCAAUAUUGUGACUUCUGCUCAUGGUCUUUAAAAAUAACAUUGUCCUGAAAUAUAAAAAUUCAAAAGUUUUAAAAUAAAGCAGGGGCUGACAUACGUAGGAACUGUUUAAAUGUCCAUCUUUAGGCUUUGUGUUUGGAGGGGUGUGUGGCUGUUGGCUUGUUUUGAAGUUUCUGUCUGUGGUGCUGACUUUCACCUUGCAAAAGACUCACUUUUCCUUGCUGAUGAAAAAGCAAGAUCCCAAAAUCCAAAGUCAGGAGCUAGCAUCAUUCACAAAAAAACCCCUCUAAUUGAGACAUGGAAUGAAAUACCUUUCAACUUGGGGGCUGUUGUGGGUGCCUGCUAUAGUGGUGGUCUUCCUUGUCCCCGAGAACAAUGAGUUACCUUCUGCUUUCCCCACACUCCCACACCUUCAUAGACUCACUAGAAGUGAUAGAAGUAUAAUUUGGUAAUUUUGAAGAAAACACCUACUCUUCGGCAUGAGUUAGUGGCGGGUCUUAAUUUUCAAUGAAGCACAUGUCCAUAGAUGUUUGUUGCUUUAGGAAUCAGUUUCUUAUCUCAAGAGUAAUCUCUUUCCCAACUUUUUCCGACACCAUUUUAAUAUAGCUCCUGAGAUUCUUAAAGCUGACCAGUUAUUCCCCAAUGAAUAGCUUCUAUUUAUACGUGUCUAUCAGGAGUGGAAUUUAUGAAAGGCGCACAAGUUAUGUGAACUUCUAAUGUUUUCACAGUUGUUAAACCACUUCCUCUAUUUUAACUAAGAGUAACUGCAUAUAAGACAUUGGGACUCAACAGCUGCCCCAAAUGAUGUUAGAAAGCCAAGGCUCUAAACCAAACAAACCCCAGAUAAUUUAGCAGCAGCAAAGUUGACAUUUCUCCUUCACGUACAGCCAUGGGGAAAAUAAAGUGCACCCUAUUUGAAUUCUGUGAUUUUACAUAUCAGGACAUAAUAGCAAUCACUUGUUCCUUAGCAGGUCUUAAAAUAGAUAAAUACAACCUCAGAUGAACAACAACAUAUGACAUAUUAUACUGUGUCAUGAUUUAUUUAACAGAAAUAAAGCCAAGAUGGAGAAAUCAUGUGUGAAAAACUAAGUACACUCUUACUGCUUCCAUAGGAAUUAAGAAGCUAAGUAGCAGACAGGGGCUGUUAAUAAAAUGCCCUUGCUUAAUUGAUCUUCAGCAAGUGUGCCCACCUCUAUAAAAACUGAAGUUUUGGCAGUUUGAUGGUCUGGAUCAUUCUGGUGUGCUUUAACCAAGGAGGAAAGAUGACACAAUACUCUUAGAUAAGCAAGUGCAUUGCUGCCUGUGAAACUGGGAAAGGUCACCUCCAGCCAAUUUUAAGUCUAUCAUUCUACAGUGAGAAAGAUUAUUCAAAAGUGGAAAACAUUCAAGACAGUUGCUAAUCUUCUCAGAAGUGGAUGUCCCAGCAAAUUCACCCCAAGGUCAGACCAUGCAAUGCUCAGAGAAACUGGAAAAAACCCCCAAAAGUUACAUCUCAGGCUCUACAGGCGUCAGUUAGCAUGUUAAAUGUUAAGGUUCAUGACAGUACAAUUAGAAAAAGACAGAACAAGUAUGGGUUGUUCGGGAAGGUUUCCAGGAGAAAGCCUCAUCUCUCUAAAAAGAACAUGGCAGCAUGGCUUAGGUUUGCACGCGAUUACACUCCCCCUCCCAGUUGAGAAGCUGUUUGAGCUGAAUACAACCUUCAUUCUUAUGCAUCUUUAUCUCAAGAUGGCAAUCCUGGUGGCAGUUGCUUUGUUUUGAAGAGUGAGUGAAAUUUCUGCUCCCUGUUAUAGCAACAUACACAAAGAAGAAAAACAAUCCUACAUCCAUAGUACCUUCUUUGUACUAAAGUGUUCUUGGACUACCAUGCCUCAGCCUUCAUGAAAGCAUACUCCUAUUCACUUUCCCUUGCCCUAGUGCAGUGGUGAGUCUUUUAGACCUGCUUUCUCCCACUGCCCUUCACAUGUUGAUGGUUGAACAUCUGUACUGAGGAAGCUUGCUCUACUUCAGUGAUUUAGAACCCUGGAUAGAGCAGGCAGCCCACUGCAGAUAUUCAGGGAGGGGGGUGGCGACAUCUGGGGGCCUGCGGGAACAGUAAGUUUCAUCCCUGCUUUCCCCCUUAUGUGAUAAUAUUCAUGCUGGGAAAGGAGGGAGGAAGAACAGCUGAAUAGGGGCUGCUUAUGUGCCAGGUCUGCUAGUCAAAUCAGAUGGUUACAUUGGGAUGAAAAGUUCUGCAAAGUUUGUCACAAUAAGAGGAGCCCCCUCCAUAUAAGGCAGUGAACCAUUUUGUACUAGGGGACUGCACAGAGACAUGAGAGGAGCUGCUUACUGGUGACAUACAACCCCCUGCACUAGAGACCACAUGGGUUUUCUAAGCCCUCCUCACCAACCAGGAGGGAACUGAGCAAAAAGGCACUGGCAGUGUGGGUAAGUGUGUCCAAAAAGAAAGACUCUGCAACUGAGUACAUGAAAUGGAAGAGGCACACUUUAUUCCAUCUCAGGUCAUUUGUUUCUGGGCACUUCAUCAACUGGAGUAAGGGAGGGGGAGAAGGUGGUGGGUGGCCAACCCCUAGAGAAGACCAAGUAGAAUGAGAUUUGCUGGUACACUGCAUCCAUCUUUAUGUGUAAAAAGAGACUUUUGGCACAGGGAAAACACUUUAAGGGGACAUAGAAUAAGAGUUAGUUUAAAGCUGUUUUUCCAGUAGACUUCAAUUAGAAUUGUUAGUGUAUUUUUUCUAGUUUUUUGCAAUUAGUAAUAUGUAUUACGUUAGAAACCAGCCAACAUAUACAUCUUAAGUUUUGUCAAUUAGCGUAUUUUGCUUUUCAUUUAAUAGUUAGAUCUGGUCAGUCUGUUUUUCAUCAUGCUUAAAUUUGUAAUAUUGGCUCACCAAGAGCAAUAUUUAUUUAAACAUAUAGCCAUAGUAACAUAUUAUUAUGCUAUGUGUCCCCCCCCCCCCUUAAGGCAGGGCACUAGUGAUGCUGAUGGUGCCAGCUUAAUAAUGUCUACCAAAAAGUAAGUCCCGCUGAAUUCAAUGGGGCUUACUCAUACGUAAGUAGUGUAAGGAUUGCAGCCUGAGCUUUCUUUCUAAGAGAUGAAACCACUGGUUUCAUUCCAUGUUUUGACCUGAUACGAAGUCCUCGGAUGAGAAUCUGCAUACCCCACCCCACCCCCAAGACAAGGACCUGGAGGAGCAGGACAGGUCCUCUGAGUCUAAUGGUGAGGAUCCCCUUGAGGGGCUCUCUGGAUUGGUACCUGAUGAGGAACCCCUGGAACUCUCUGAGCAGAAGGUGCAGCAACCCUGCAUUCCUCAAGAGGAAGGUCACCAAAGUAUUUGGGUCCAGGCCAAAGAACAAUGGUGCAAUAUGUGUCUGCAGACCCAGAGUAGUUAGCCUCCUUGUAAGUAAGGGAUCUAUUUGUGAGUAAGCCAUACCUGUUACUCCACAGCUAGCAGUAUAUAAGGCAUCCCUCUUGAGUUGUCUAGUUGUUGGAAACAACAUGGGUCUUUAGCUCCUUUUUCCUGAUUCCAGGUUCUCUGUUUUACUGCACCUUGCCUGACCUCCCUGUUGUACUGACCUUGGACUAUUUCCCCAUCUUGUUUCUGGAUGAUGUUUGAACCUAGACUGAUUCUCUGUGCUUGACCUUUGUUUUCCUGAAAUGUGCUGAAUCUGCAACCCUGUCCUUAUUUGUAGUACUUGGGAGUACCAAGCUUAUAUAUUUUGUAACUAGUACCCUAGCCCCUGAGAACAUCCCCUGGAGAGUGACAUAAUCAGAUAUUCAUAUCCUUCAUAACUAAAGCAGUCUCUUUUUGGCAGGAACAGAAGAAAACUUAGAACAGAAAGGUAUGUUUAUUUUUAGAGGUUUGGUUUCCAUGGAUAAGCUGCCUUUGUUUAUAAAACAUGGGAUAAUUUGGCUUUUCUUCUAAAAAAAUUUUUUUAAUAAAAAUUGGGGACACCACUAAAAUAGUAUGUCAUCAUUCUAUUGAAAUGUUAGUGAAAACCUUUAUAAAUACUGUAUAAAUCUCCACCUUUAAGAAAUAAGUAGUGAGACUAUACUCUGUAUACUUUUCUUUAUUUUGAGACUGCACAUUUCCAGGUAUGGUAUCCACAGCCAGCUAAGCAUGGAGACAAGCCUAGGACACUCACAUUCCAAGAACCACCACUCCAUGCAUUCCGACCUGCUGUCCUCAAUUGACAUUUGCAGUGAACACCUAAAGAAGAUGCACUUUCCCAUUUUCUUCUGUUGAAUUAAAGGUUGACUGUUACCAUUUUGGUGCUCAACAGAUUUUUGCAUUGCUUGUUCAUAGGUGAAAAGGGAAUUCUACUAGUUAAGGAUGAAAAUGAGGAGUCUCAGAGGAUAGUAUUUACAGUAAUCCCUCAUCUUACACACAUUUGACUUGUGGAAUUUCAAACAUUCAUCAGUGAAGGUGGGCUAGUUGAAAUUGUGCAAGUCAAGUCCCAGACAAAGGAGAGAGCUUAAAAACGCUUUUUGUGCCUGCUAUGGAAAGAGCCUUUAAGCUCUCCAAAUCGCUUGUGGAGCAAGGCCUGAUCAGCAUACCAACUCUGGAAAGCUCUGGGAUCUUCCUGGGAGACAAUGUGACUUCCCAUGAGAUCUCGUGUGAGCAUCCUUGGCCUUCCAGAGUCUGCGAGAGCGCUUCAAAGCUGUUUUCACAACAGGUAACCCAAGUGGACCAAGCACAAAAAGAGUUUUGACGCUCUCUACCUUGCUUGCUGAGCUUGGCACAUCAUCUCUGGCAGUGCUAGGGAUGCUCCCUCCCUCUCCCAUUAGCCAUGGGGUGUGAUUUUUGUGUAUACUUGUGUAACUCUUAGAACUGAACCCCUGUGUAAGAUAAGGCAUUUCUGUAGUCAAGAUAAUGAUCAGCAUCAUAGUGUGAUUGCUGAAUUACUGAUCUUCCAAAUGAAUAUGAGGAAAUCGUAUCCUGAUCAACCCUUGAUGGUUACAUGUGAUUGUUACGCUUCUCAACAUACAAUCAAAGAGCUAUUUGCCUAACAGAUCAAAACAAAAACCUGGACCAGUCCUGCCUCAUCUUUUAGAUCACUUAUGGGCCCGUCACUCUUUUUCUAUCUGGUGAUGCAGAAAAGCAGAGAUACAUCAAGUGCCUGGGUAGGCUAGGAUGUUGUUGCCAUUUGGGACAGAAGUGGGAGAAGUCCUCCUCCUCACCCUAUAUCAAAUUGUCCUCAGGUUUCUGUCAAAAUACCAGUGUUAAGUAAUUUGGAGACUUCAAUAGCACAGCAAAGCAUAUGAGCAUUUUAUAAUGAAGUGUAGACUCCAGCAUGUGAUACAAAGUAUUUGACCAACAGUGUGCAAGUUACAAAGUGGGCACUAUCAGAAAUGGAUGGAAAAGUAAUUGUCAGCAAGAUUAUGUUCUAAAUGCAGCUACAUGUAUUUAUUUUAGAUAGGAAGUCAGGGCUGGUGGUAGAGAUCAGCGUGCACAGCGGAACUUCCCCUCCCUCUCCUCUCCCUGUGUGACACUGUGCCCACCCUGCCAAAGCUGCUCUGGGAGGUUGGGGUGAAAUCCAGAACAGAUCUGGGUAUGAGACAGAGGGAGGAGAGGCAAGCGAAGUUCCACUGCGGAAGCAGAAUUCCUUGUGCAAAUGGGAAGACUUUGCUGGAUAUAACUUAAUAUCUAGAGGCAUAGUUUUGCAUGUGGUUUACUGAUAUGCUUACAAUACACUUAUUGAUUUAUGUUUAAUAACAUAUGUAUUGCCUCAAGUUCCGUAAGAAGAACUUGUUAAAGAGACGUGGGACCUUUUAAGAAAUCGAGGAUGAGUUUGUUGCUGUUUCAGUUAUUGAUCACUUGGCUUGCCUGUGAAAAGAAAGGCAGUUCAUAUAUGCCAAGUUUGCCUCAUUAAUGCCAUCAUUAUCUUCAGUAUUUAGAGUUAUAACUAGUCCAUUACACACAUGGUAUUCAGCAAAAAGAACAGUAGACCAAAUCUUACAUAUAAAGGACUUCUGUCUUAAGGAUUGUAUAGAAUCUAAGUAGUUACUUUGGGAUUUGGCACAAUGUUUAUGGCCAUGUAUAUCAUUCUGGAGAAAUACUAAGAGGUAAAAAGUAUCCUGUUCUCUACCUCAUAAGCUUAAAAAAAAAAAAGUUAAAGGCUCAUACUGUGUUAAAGUGUGCGUAUAAUAAUUCCUACUUAUGGCAAAGAAUAUAUGUGUGCAGCAUUCCUCUAGAGAAUCUCAGCUUCCUGGUCCAAUGUGUCAGAUAAAUAGGUUUUGUAUGUGCAAAAACAGUGAAGUGUUUUACUAAGGAGGACCUCAGAUACAUUAGACCUAUAUUAUUUAUGCUAGAAAGCUACAACAAAGCCAUGAAAGGGUGGCUGUCUGGGUGGCCAGCACAGAUACAACUGCUUGACUGUGAAGUUGUUGCACUUCAUCACUGUUAAUAAAGCUCAUGUUAAAAAGGUAUCAAGUAUCAGCUAAAAAGGAAUUUGGUAGAACAAGAGUUUUAAAAAUAACCUAAGGGCUAAAGCUUUGCUGGUUCCACAAGGGAAGUUCUUUCCUCUCACAUUUCAAUUUAAUUGGGAUUUAACUUCGACUUCCUGGGCUAACAACUGAGCGUGAUUAUCCGGUGAUAAGUAACACCAAAUCCAGCUGCAUUUUUACUAUCUGUAGCUGUAAAAUCAAUGAACACUGAGUAUAAGACUGGUAUUGGUUCUUAUUGUAACCCACAGAGCAAAUUAUGAGAGUUCCAUAUAGCUAGGUGAAGACAGCAAUAGAGCAGUAAAAUAUUUGUCUGAGCAAGAGUUUUUCUUGCUACAAAUACUGUAGCAAGUGGAGCCUAAGUUCUGCACUUGGAAUAUAUUAUGCGAACAAAUCAAACUGAUUGUUUUUGCAUAAUGCUGGUUCUGUCAGCCAAGGAGCUCUACAGAGCACUGAAGCUCCACUCUAACCAGAACUCCAGUUCAGUCUGUUUAGGCUUUCUAAGAUGUUGCCAGAUAUACUGCCCACAGGGUUGGCCCACCCAUGAGGCAAGGUGAGGCAACUGCCUCAAGCAGCAGGAUCCACAGGGGCAGCAGUUCCUGAUGCAGAUCUUUAUUCCCCCUGCACUUGUUCCUGAUAUAAACCUUCACUCACUCUUUCUUCCCUGGCAGGUAUGGGUGGGUGUGCCAUCUUGUGGUUCUCCUCAGGUGCCAAAAUUACUUGGGCCGGCCCUGACUGCCCAACCUGUUUUCAAGGUUAUCCAGGCCAUCAUAAGAAUUAGAACUUUUCAGGUUUUGUUUCUAGCUUUUAUUGUAGUUUUGGUUUUCUGGAUUUUGGUUUGUUUUUAGAUCUUAACUGAGAUUCUCAGAAUAUCAGUUUCUGCACCUGAUGCCAAAUGAGAUUAAGAGCCUCAUGCUGUACCGACUGAGCUAUCCCAGCAGCUAAUGUUCAUGUGCUGAUGCAGCAAGCAUAUGAAAUACAGAUGCUUUCGUACAAGAUACAAAAUCCAGUAGCAUGCACGGUGCUCAGCAUUGAUAGCCAUAGCCUAUUUGUCUAAUCCUCGUGUUGAGUUGUAGCCAACUAAAUUAUACUCAUUAGAAUUCUACCCAUUAAAAUGGAUGAACCUGUGUUAUGUCCAUUAACUUCAAUAGAUCUAUUCUGAGUAGAGAUAGCAUUGAAUACACCCGUUGUACAGAUUUCUUUAUCCUAAGUUUGGGAGGCUAGCCGUUCUCCAAGGGAAACCAGCAUAGCUCCAUCAAACAAAAAAGGCAAAUUCUAGGCAUUUCUUGCCAUUUUCAUAAUGUGAGCUUACGAGCUCUAGUUCACGUUCAGAAAUGAUGUAAGAAAGCUGCCAGGAAAGAUCCAAGCAGUGUUAUCAAUGCUGUUCCAUAACUGGUAACAGCUGCUGUUGAUCUGACAGCAGCUACCAUAGUUUUGUCCUCCAUUCAGAGCUUGAAAGGAAACCACUUCUGGAAAGGAAGUGAUUACUGCAAAACAUUAAUAUGCAAAGAAGGAGGUUAUUUGCAGAGGGCUGGAUUUGGCCCAUUCUCACUACCAGCACUGGGUUUGUUGUGUAGAAUUGUUGGCUGUAUGGCUACAGAGUGGCGAGGGCUGUUUGUAUUUACGAAAACCUGGACAGCCUACUUGUCUGUAUGACCAAGAGCUUACCCAAAAUAUUUUUAUAUGCUAAACAUGCAUCCAGAAUUGUGAAUUCAAGGCACUAUCCUGAAAACAGUUACUUGGAGGGGAUUUUGUCAUCUAGUCCAACCCCCUGCAAUGCAGGAAUCUCAAAUAAACAUAUUUAGGUGUUGGCCAUCUGUCAUGGAUGCUUUAGCUUUGUUCACUGAAGAAAUUGGAUUUUUCAUUAUCUAUUCUUCUAAGGUAUCAUAUGAGCCAUUAAAUUACGUCAACAUAGCAUUAUUAUAGCUGUUUUAUUACUUUAUUUUGCUUUUUGCUUCAGAUAACUCAUGUGAAACUACCUGCAUCUUCAGUCAAUAACAAUGGGAUCCUUAUGGGAUUGUGUCAUUAUCUAAAAGAUUCCAGUGGACAGUAGAUUUGGUAGUGACCACACAUUUGGAAAGAUACAUUUUUGCAGUUUACAAAAGUGUUGUCUAAUGUACCUGCUACAACAUGCAUCCAGACAAUGUAGUUCCAUGCAGGCUUUAGAAAUAUCACUUUAUAAGUGGACAAAGCAAAAACCUAAGUUUCAGAACUGCAUCUUAAUAUUGUUUGUUUGUUUGUUUAUUAGAUUUAUAUCCCACUAUUCCUCUCAAAGAAUCCCUGGCCACAUAUUAGCAUACUUCAAAUAAAACAGGAACAGUAUCUGAGAUAAUUUUCUCUCUCCCCUUCCAAAGCAAAAUAUAAGCUCUGAAUUUCCAAAUUUUUGUCAUGAAACAGAGUGAGCAUGUAUUUAGUUUUAAGUUGGACACAAGUAACUAUUUUGUACUCUUUUGGAAAGUAUGACGGAAUAUUAUUUAUCCAUUUGCAUUAAUGUUUUCUUGCCAAGCAAAAGCUUUUACAUUUUACUCCACAUAGAGUUGGAACAACAUUACAGAAUAUGGCAGAGAGUUUAGGAAUAUGAAAAUAAAUCUUAUGGUUCUAAUACAUGUGUGUUGGUAUGUUCUGCUUUGUAUAACAUUUAAAAUUACCUAUCUGAAAGCCCAUAAAAAUCUUACCCAAUUGAACAGACUCUUUGCCACUUGUUUCAUCUCUAGUUUUGUAAAUCAAAUGAAUGCAUUUCUUCUCAAAGUUCCUUCUAUUUAUUUCUUUUAAAUUUAAAGCCCACUCACUUUCUCUGGCAUGGCGCAGCAUUUGCAUCCUAGCGCAUCUCGCUGCCAUUGCCAGGUCACUUCUUCCAUCUCCCAAAUGGCCAAUGGGAGAUGUCAUAUCCUCUCCCAGAAACCACAGAUUUUUUGAAUUUGGGUCCACCCUUAAAUUGGACCAAUAGUGGGCAGCCCUGGAGCAGGAAGUGGGAGUCAGACAUAGCUGACUGGAGUCUUCAUUCAGGUCCUCUUCCAAGCCAUAAAUUCCAGCAGCCAUGGGACCCAGCUCCUCGGUUAGAGCUGGAUCUCCCUCCCUCCCUUCCUGUACAGCAGGACUGUGACUCCAAGGGGCAAGUCAAGCGUAUGACUUCGCUAUGGAAGUAUCUGGUUGCCAUAUUUGGGGCCCGGGAGCAAUUUUCUCCCCCAGACAAAAGUGGGUGAGUCUGGGCUGUUUUUAUGCCUAACUCAUAGCAAUCGUCACAACUUUUGGCAGAUUAGACAUUGGGUUGGAUCCUUAGUCAGGGUCAGAGGGGGGUGAGGUGGAAGUCUCCACCUGCCUCCCUUCCAGGAAAAUGGGAAUCCCUCUAAAGGGAUCCUAGGGGAGACACUUCUUUCCAAAUGCCCAGGGUUUUACUUGCCCCAUAUCUGAUGUCAGGUGUAGGACAGGUGAAUAUGGCUUGGCCAAAACUACCCUGCAGGCCAAAUGGGGAGGCCUGGUGGGCCUAAUUAGUCGCAAAGGCUGGAGAUUCCAUAGAACAGAAAUAAACAUUGCUGUGAAAUGCUGUUUCCCAGACUUUCUAUGGCACUCGUAGCUUGAGGCAACUGUAGAUCUCUCCAGCUUUGAAUAUUAUUGUUUACUCACACUGUAUAUUUCUAUAUGCUGCUUAGUUUCUCCUGGUCCUUAAGGUUCCAUGACACCCUACUUCUUUACUGAGAACAGCCUCCACAGUGCUCAUCAGGGUGUAAUUAAGUUGUGCCUAUUUGAUUUUAGUGAUGAAUAUGAAGAAGAUGGAUUUUGUCAGCCAUACAGAGGAAUAGCAUGUGCAAGGUUUAUUGGAAACCGAACCAUUUAUAUGGAGUCCUUGCAUAUGCAGGGUGAAAUAGAAAAUCAGAUUACUGGUAUGUAAAGUUUGCUUCUAUUUUCAGCUAGAUUGCCAUCAUUCUUGACCUUACCAUAAUCUACACUAUAGCAAGCUUGCUUGGGAUUUAGAAUGUUUAAUGUACUCAUAGGGAGCAGAAUAUAUGGUUAGCUCUGUGUAAACAUAUUCUUAAGGAAAGAAACAUUACAACUUUUGGAAAUGCUACCAUGAAAACGAAACUGAUGCUUAAAAAGAUGUAAAAUGAAAAUAUAUUUGUAUAUAUUUUUAAGCUUCAUCAACUGUGUGUGUAUUUUUACAACCAUUUAACUUUAUAAUAUAUACAAAGGCUACAGACAAAGUUAGUGGUGCUUAAGUUCUAUCGAAAACAGAAUAGUAAAUUUAUAAUGACUUAACUCUAGCUGCAUUAAUGGGGUCUUCAGUGUCACUAGGGGUGAAGUCCAGUUGGUGCCCCUGCACUUACAAAAGGGCUUUUGCUGCUGUGAACACCUCUGCUAAUAGAAAAGGAUGGGAGAUUAUUAUUGCUUACUCCUCCUCCCUGCAGGCCCAAAGUAACUCCCCCCCAUUCAGCUCCAGAGAGUUGGGGGAACCUUCAGAACAGUGUAGAAAACCUCCUACGGAGCAGCUGUAGGGUUCUUUUGUUAGUGAAGGUGGCCACAGUGUCAAAGCCCUUCCGUAAGUUGUGAAGGCCAUCAGUUGGAUUCCACCCAACGUCUGCUUUAUAGACCAGUGUCCCUUAAAGCAGGGCUUUACAAUUUGUCAGUCAGCCCAUCAAACUCAGGCCUUGUAUUGUAACCUGCUAGUUGCUUAACAACUACCCUGUUUUAGUUCCACACAGGCAGCAAAAAGAGAAGGGAGUCUAUAGCAUGGGACCUUCAGCAUGUCAGGUCACAAUUCACGCAGUGUUGUCAAUAUUCAAUGUGAAAUAGUUUUUGAAAAUUUCAAACAGACUUUCAUCUCCACAUAGAUAGACUUCCCAUUAUGUAUCUUAUUUUGGAAGUGGUUAGACCAUGGGUAGGCAAACUAAGGCCUGUGGGCUGGAUCAGGCCCAAUUUCCUUCUGGAUCCGGCCCAUGGAUGGUCCGGGAAUCACCGCGUGGACCGCCAGCGCACGUUCUUUCCCUCUCCCUCACACGGCGGCAGUGCCUCCUCUCUCCUCCUGGCUUCUCCCUGCUCGGCCUAGAGGAGGAAGGGGGCUGGGCUUUGUUGGUGUCAGCAGCAGCAGCGCUCGAGCAGCCACCAUUUUAAGCAACCUCUCUCCGGAGCCCUUUUGCGCGCCACUCAUCUUCCCCCCACUGCCAGCCCCUGCCACUCGCAAGACAUAGGUAAGCAGCCACCAGGGCUCAUGGUGCUCUUGCAUCAUCCCCCCCCCUUCAAAAUAUAGUCUGGCCCCCCACAAGGUCUUAGGGACAGUGGACCAGCCCCCUGCUGGAAAAGUGUGCUUACCCCUAGUUAGGCUAUGAACAACCAUUAUGGUGCUGAAUAUGUCACUUCACAUUGUAUUGCCUAAACUUUUUUGGUAUGGUUAUAUUACAGCUGCCUUCACUAUGAUUGGAACCUCCAGUCAUUUAUCUGAUAAAUGUUCCCAGUUUGCCAUUCCUUCACUCUGCCAUUACGCUUUCCCAUACUGCGAUGAGACUUCUUCAGCUGCAAAGCCACGGGAUCUGUGCCGUGAUGAGUGUGAAAUUCUGGAAAAUGUCCUUUGCCAAACUGAGUACAUCUUUGCAAGAUCCAACCCGAUGAUUCUGAUGCGUUUAAAGCUGCCUAAUUGCGAAGAUCUUCCACAGCCUGAUAGCCCAGAAGCUGUAAAUUGUAUCCGCAUUGGCAUCCCUAUGGCAGAUCCGAUCAACAAGAGUGAGUGAUAGCUGUAAACUUGAUGUAUUGCAUACAAAAUAUCCUACCCAUCUUUGGAUAGGACUAAAUGUCAAGAAGAAUUAGUAAUAUGCUUUGUGGUCACAGAAGUUCAUAUUUUCAAUUACUAGCCUGGUAGGAAGCCCCACUCAUUAUUCCAGAAUCCGUCUUCCAAUGCACCCACCCAUUUGUUUGGAUUUAGUUUGCAAGCUGCUUAUUUAGAAUACAGUGGUACCUCAGGUUAAGAACUUAAUUCAUUCUGGAGGUCCGUUCUUAACCUGAAACUGUUCUUAACCUGAGGUACCACUUUAGCUAAUGGGGCCUCCCGCUGCCGCCGGCGCACAAUUUCUGUUCUCAUCCUGAGGUAAAGUUCUUAACCCAAGGUACUAUUUCUGGGUUAGUGGAGUCUGUAACCUGAAGCGUCUGUAACCCGAGGUUCCACUGUAGUGCAUUUCAAAAUAUAAAUUAACCACUAUUAUAUUUUGAACUGCUUUUUGUACUAUUCUUACACCAGUUAGUGUCUGGUAUCCAAAGCCUUGCUCAUUAAAAUCCCCAUUAGCCAUUCCAUUAAAGUAAACGGCACUACUAAUGGUAAGUAAAGACUUCUUAAAGGGCCAAAGGUUGCUAUGCAGUGCUUCUUUGCUACAUUAGUAGGCCUGACUCCAGACACUGAGUAGAGUUCAUGUUAGAUCACAGACUGAUUAGAAUUAACAUAAUAUCAAAUGGCUGUAUUUCUAAGAUAGCGCAACAACAAUUGGAUCUCACAGCUGCUCUUUACUUUCAUGCCAAAGUAAGGGAUUAAUUUCAGGUUUCCAGGGCAGUUUUGAUUUCUUAUAUGUCUUUUAUUCUAAAAUAUUUGGGAUAAGUGUUUUUUUAUUUUAUUCCCGAAACCUAACCUUUAUAUGUUCUCAAGUGUAUGAAUGAAUAGCAAGCCUAGCAUUAUGGCCUCUGCAAAUUGAGAACCUGAAUUAAAUUGAAGGACAUGGGUCAGCAGAAUGAUACCUUCUCUCACUUUCAUGUUCUUACACCAAUCAGUAUGUGCACAAUACCCCUCUGAUUCACCACAAUUGAACUGCUGUUGUCAUUUACAGAUCACAAAUGUUACAACAGCACAGGAGCAGACUACCGAGGGACAAUGAGUGUCACAAAGUCUGGGCGACAGUGCCAGCCGUGGAAUUCUCAGUACCCACACACACACACGUUCACUGCUGUGCGAUACCCAGAGCUGAAUGGGGGACACUCCUAUUGUCGAAACCCAGGGAAUCAGAAGGAGGCUCCAUGGUGCUUCACCUUAGAUGAAAAUUUUAAAUCUGAGCUUUGUGACAUCCCUGCCUGUGGUAAGUGUAGUAGAACUCCCCCAUUUUGAAAGGGAAGCCUAAGUCUGGGUGCAACAAAAGGAAUUCUCAAAAACCACAGUUGACACAAUUAUGAGCCAUGCCGAGGGUUCAGCCCUACAACUAAGAUGAAUAAGGUGCAGAGAGUUGAGGAAGACUCAUAUUCUGCUGGUGAGCAACCAUCAGGAGAGGUGUGGAUGAGGAACAUGAAGGACUGAAGGCAAGCGACAAUCCAGGCUUCAUUAUAAUUACAGGAGUCUGAUGGAUCAUGUCUAUCUUCUCGUUGUUGGACGAGUUUGAGGCAGGGAAGCUUUCUUAAUACAAGCAGCAUCCACAGUUCCUGCGUUUGAUGGGAAACAUAUUGGAUCUCCAUGGAAGCUGCUGGCAGGUUCUGGGAACUGUGAGACCACACCAGCCUGCUUAUCAAAAGAGACCCAUACACAUACAAAGAAACAUACUCACUUUCUACAGUUGCCCAUGGGCUGCGUUGAAAUUGCUUCUUGUGGCUGACAUGCCAGUUUUACCACCCAUGUUGUUGUGAAUUCUGCAGCUUGAUACCAUUUCCCCAUCAGGUCUAUAGUGCAUGUGUCUGACUUCAAUUAUUAUUUUAUCAGCUUGGAUGUUACUAAAAAUAGCUAUGUAAAAAGUAAGAUGCAAAGCAGCCUCUCUUUUCCACAAAAGUAUGUUAUUACUUUGGACUGGAGAAUUUUCAAAUUAAUGGUUGCACUGUUCGGCAUUUUGAAAUGUGUACUAUGUUACGGAAGUGUGAGGUAUCUUAGGACUGUAAUGUCCCUAAACAGAAUACUCAGAAUUGAUGGCAGGUUGAAUAAGGAAACUCACUUGAUUGAGAUCUAUUCAAAACUAACAAGGCUUUGUGGCAUUAUUAUAAUUCUACAUAAUUGGUGAAUAAUUUGUGCAUGAAGCUUCAGAAGAAAGGACACUAAAAUAAUCUCAGCUUGACUGGAGACUCCUGAUGUACAAUAUUUUAAGAUAUUUUAGAUUGCAAAGGUGCAAAUAUUAUGACUAUGAUACUAUGGCGGUGGUGAAGUAUUCCCAAAAUUUCUGCUUCCUCCCUAAGGAAAAAAGCCACCAAGGACAGGUAGGGGAGGCGAAUACCCGCCCCCCCCCCCCGGUAUUCUAGUUUUUUGAUAGUUCCACUCUCCUUAGUAGGCCCAAGAAGUUCUGAAAUAGACGUGAAGCUGCCAGCUAAGGUACAGUGUUACGAUUGUAUCUACCAGUACUAGCUAAUUUUAACCAUAAGCAGCUCCUGCCUGCCACCUUCUGAUGUGAAGUUAUAUAAAAAGGGAAAGCAAGAAUAUAAGGAGUGAUUUUUCUCUAAUCAACCCAUACCUAGAAAUGUAUGUUUUACAUACAUUAGCUAAGCUUAGCAGGCAUACAUACUUUUGCCCGCCUUCAUGUCAUACCGAUAUAUAGUACUACAUCUAAAUAUAUAAAACUAAUGUGUGUUUUAAAGACUGGUAAGACUAUGGUCUGGUUCAUAUAUGAAGUUGCCAGACCAAGAAAAAACAUUUAUUAAAGCAGGAACAAGCAGUGAACUUCUCCCACACACACCUCUGACUUCUGGUUUAUUAAAUUACAGUUUCCCAUGACUUCUGAACUGAGAAACUGCCUUAUCACUUAAAGGGAUCUCUACAAACCAAGAUCGAACUGUGGUUUGCAAUUCUGGUUUGUAGUGAGCACUUAAACCAGUUUCUUGGUCCAGAUGUUAUUGCAAGCCAUGGUUUAACAAACCAGGAAAUCAUACAAUUGUAAGAGCCCUGCUGGAUCAUGACAAAGGUUCAUCCAGUCCAGCAUCCUUUUCUCACAGUGGCCAACUAGAUGUGCACAAGCAGGGCAUGAGUACAACAACAUUGUCCUCACUUGUACUCCCCAGCAAUGGGUAGUUAUGAUACUGGAGGUAGCAGUACGCAGCCAUCAUGACUAGUAGAUAACCUCCCCUGAAGUUCAGUUCUGCUCUAUCAAAACUUAGAUUGCUGAACUGAGAACGUUACAUUCAAACUGGGACGAGAACAUUUCCAGAACAUUUCUCUACAAGAUAAACACCUGAAUGUGUUUAACAAACUUCCGAUCCUACAGUUAUAAUUUAUCCAAAGGAUAAAAUCACCACAGCCCUUAAAGCAACCCUGAAAGUAUUUUAAAAGUUCUACUAGUGAGCACUGAUCCAUAGCAUGAAUCUUACUUACAUAUUCUUGUGAAAAAUAUUGGCUGAUGAAAAAUAUUGGCUAUCACGAAACAGUACAGUGGUACCUCGGGUUAAGUACUUAAUUCGUUCUGGAGGUCUGUUCUUAACCUGAAACUGUUCUUACCUAAAGCACCACUUUAGCUAAUGGGGCCUCCUGCUGCUGCCGCGCUGCUGCUGCAUGAUUUCUGUUCUUAUCCUGAAGCAAAGUUCUUAACCCGAGGUAAUAUUUAUGGGUUAGUGGAGUCUGUAACCUGAAGCGUAUGUAACCUGAAGUGUAUGUAACCCGAGGUACCACUGUAGUAUCAUUCCGGAAACACUGUCCUUGAGACUUUUCAGACGUCUUCUGUUGAAACCUUCAAAUAUGACAGGGCAGAAUAAAAGGGAAUGUCAAAUACAGCUAGAGUUGAACUUAAAAGGCUUUUGAAACAUGUACUUCCUUGAGCUUCUGCAUAUGCCUCCUAUCAUGUACUUUUUUCUGUUAUUAAACAAGGAGGGAAAGAGGUGAAAUGUUGCUAUAGGUUUUGCUGCCAAAAAUUCAGAGUCUCUGUUCUUUUCUUAUCCUUGAAAGAUUCAUCAAGUGGCUGUGAUGGUCUUGGUCUCUCUCAUCCUUCAUCACUUUGCUACAUGUGGCUUCUUUGACUUAGUAGUUCACAUCUUCUCUUCCGACUUGUCUGACUUUACUGUCAAGAUGUGUCAGCCUAAUGUUCAAGCUCCCACUCACCUCUCUGGGCAGGGCUUGAACUAGACCAGCAUUUGGUUUUUCUGGAUGGAACCCCCAAUUCUUUUGGCAGCAUGCCUUAGUGGCCAGCAUUUGUUAUGGCUGCUUCAGGAGUGUGUGGGUGGUGGGUGUCAGCAGUGAUCAGCUGUUUGCAAUCCAGGAGUGAUGUGUAGUCCCCAUGAGGUUAAAGUUCUUGCAAGAAUGGGGAAGACCAUUAUCUUUUAGUAUUGGAGAAAUUAAAAAGAUAAACUCACAGCCUUAGACAUUUUAAAAAAUGGAAAUAGAAACAUUUGUAUUACGCAAACAAGCAUCUUACAAGAGAGGGAAGUUUCCAUUAACUUCCUCCCCACCACACUCCAAAGUGUGCAUGAUCAAGAACAAAUAAGAGCAACUCUCCUCCUAUUACAGUAUAAUAUCUACAUGCACCUUUCUUUCUUUCCAAUGUUUUUUUUUGGGGGGGCAGGUAGGAGUUGAGAAUACCAGAAACAAAAAGGAAAUAUGCCAUAUAAAAACACAAGAUUAAUAAUUAAGGAGGACUUAAUGGAUUGCCUGGCAUGCUAUGGUCCAUGGGGUCACGAAGAGUCGCACACAACUAAAUGACUAAACAACAACAACAAAAUAACAUUCACACACCACUACCAUCCUUCCCAGAGGAUCUUUCAGGGUGUUCCCUUCCUUCAUCUGGCCCUUAUACCUUGUAUGUAAGACUUAGGUGUACAUAAAAUGCCUACAACAGAUGUAAGUGGCUCUCUCUCUCUGUUGCAUGGCUUGCUUACUUAAUUGCAAAAGACAGGAGAGCACCAGGCUGACCUAUUCUAAGUGGGUUUUAUAGCACACUUGGACACUUGGAAAGUCCGUAAUGCCACCUACAACAGUAGGUUCUCUCAACUCUUUUGUCACCUGUCUCAUUGUUUCUCUCUCUCUCUCUCUCUCUCUCUCCCCCCCCCAUCCUCCAUUCCUUCCUUCCGUCCUUCUAAAGCAGCUCCAUUUUCUCACCAUGAAGCAUUAGGGUCUUCUGAACUCUACACAGAAUGUUACUCAACACCUUUGGCAUUUUUUCAAAUAUUUUAAAAAGAACAACACACACCCAAGAGUGGGAGAUAUAAACCCAUCGAUAUAUACAAUGGAAGCCUAUAUGCCAUUCUUUCUCAGCACUUGUCACAUUCAAACAGUGCCACUAAUUACCCAAUGGAUGGCACACAAAAAACCCUAAUGAAUCAGAGAGCCAGAGAUUAAGAGUUGUACUUUUGCCCAUACCUAGAAAAGCACAAUUAGAACUACUUAAAAGAAAUUUGAGAACUAGCCUGCACUUGAAUUUUAGGAAUGAAGUUCAUGUCACAGUUAAGAUAAUGCAGUGCCUCAUUCCUUCAGGGUUCUAAACUCUAGUAUCUGUUGGCUCUCUGAAAUAGUAUACAUUAUCUAUGUGGCUUUUUCUGAAAAGAUAUGGAAAACAUUCCACCCCAUUUGGUUUGGCCAAGGCAUUGUAUACCUGUCUGGCUUCCCAAAUAUGUUGGCAACUUUUCAGUAUAAUCAAAAAGUCUCAGCCAAUUUUUGUGUGUGUGGAAGGCAUUGAGAGGCACCUAGCCCAUUUAUGGGUUAUAGCAUUGGCACCACGGAUGGACAUUUUUGUGAUGUUACUUACGUAAACCCACUCUCUGCAGAGAAAACAAUUGGUUCCCCUCACCCCAUUAAGGCAGUUUUGAGCUGCAAAACUGCUGCUCUGCCAAAAUAAAGCAUUACAAAAACAAUUAACUAUGCACUAAGCUCUUGUUUUUCUUAAUGUCUAAUCUAUCCGAUUACAGGGCAACCAUAGCCAGUUUGGGUGGGUAUCUAUCUUUUUGGUCCAGGUUAUCUCAAUUCUUUGUCAUCUGCUGUCAAGUUUUUCCUAAAGAAUACCUUUGCCAUGUGUCAGGCCUUUUAGAGAAGCAUGAAAUCCAACACUAAUGUGAAUAUAAUUAUUUGUUGGGGAUUUAAAAAAUGUUCCUCCAAGUGCACUUCAUACCCCAUGGUUUCUGAAUAAAUUCUUAUGAUAAUGGUUUGGAUUUAGCUGGCUUUUUUCCAAAUAGGAUCUGUGGCUAUCCACUGGAAGCUCGAAGUGCCUUCAAACGAACUGUACUCAAACUUAAUAGCACACAACUAUCUGGUAUUAUUGUUGCUCAGUCAAGAAAUAGAACAGUCAUCAGAAACAGUUCAUGUGGCACACAAAACUUGUGUUUUAUUUCAUGUACAAAACUGCAUUCUUUAGCAUGAGAUUUUAUGCUUUUCUUCCCAUUGUUCCCCACCCCUCUUUUUCUGAAUUAGACACAAAAGACUCCAAAGAAAAGAAUAAAAUGGAAAUCCUCUAUAUAUUGGUGCCAAGUGUUACAAUUCCCCUGGCUAUUGCCUUACUAUUUUUCUUCAUCUGUAUUUGCCGCAACAACCAGAAGUCUUCUUCCCCUCCAGUGCAAAGGCAGCCUAAGCAUGUCAGAGGACAGAACGUAGAGAUGUCUAUGCUGAAUGCAUAUAAACCAAAGGUAUUGUUGGUGAAAUCUACUUUAUAUGCCUAUGUCAUAAAAGAGAACCUUUGCUAUUUUGGUCUCUUCCAGCUCUUUUGGGUGCAAUAGUUUUCCUAAUGAUGUGUCAAUCCCAGCUGACUGCAUUUCACAAAUACUAGUAGGACAAUAUUACAAUUGUUUCCACUCCAUAAAAUAUUCUUUCUUCUGUGAAUAUAAAAUUGUAUUGAGUUUGGACAUAUGCUAACUGAUUCAAUAAAAACAAGAAAUAAACCAAAUUCCCAGUUUUGUACAUGAGACUUAGGCUUUGUACAUGAGACUAAAUCCUGUACUCAUUUACUUAGAGCUUAGUCCUAUUGGACUCGGUGAGACUUACAUGUGAGUGGCUAUGUAUAAGAUUGCACUGUUAGGCUGCCAUCCUAAGCACAUUUACUACAGAGUAAUCCCUAACUCAAGGCACUUGCUACAUGCUUAGUAUAAUAUCAUAAAUUGUGUCCGCUCUUGUCAUUCAUUUAAUAGAAGCAACUGAUAGAGAUAAAGUGUCCCCUGACAAAUUUCCUUUGUACUUGGUUUAUGUUGGCAUGGUGCCUCAUAUGUGUUUUACACUUCUUUGCAUUUUGUACACCACCAUAUGACAAAUACCCGUCAAACAAAAACUAAGCAGAUUUAUAACUGCUUAACUUAAAAUGAACCCCUUUCCUGCCAAAACUUUAUGACUUCAUUUUCUUUCAUACUUUUCCACUAGGUUGGUUAAAACAGACAAUCCUGCAUGAGGUCAGACAGAGGUCAUUUCACUUUCAUUACUAAAAUAUAAUUUACAAUAUGCCAGACCUAAACAAGUUUUAGCCUAAAGGAUUUGUAUAAUAUAAACCAUCUGUGUCUCAACAAUACAGCUAAUUUCCUGCCAUCACUGCACAGUCAACUGGCUGCUUGUUUAAAUGCCUCUGCGAUAUAUUAAUUCACACAGUAUUUAUCUAAAAUUUGUAAAUGGUUAGGAAAAUUAGAAUUCAGUCCUGAGUGUCACUUUCAAAUGAUAAUAAAGUGCAUUGGGGCUUUCUGCUCCUCCCCUUUUCUUUUUCUUCUUUUGUUUGCAAUACUGCUUUGGCAAAAUUGGGAGUGACAGUAGCAAGGAUCUCAAGUAAAGGAAAACUUAAUUUCUGAAAGGUCCUGAACAUUGAGUUCCCCACUCAAUUACUGUCACCUACUUCAUGAAUGGAAACAUUGAAGUUCACAUGCUUUAUGAGGAAUUAUUUUUAACUCUGUAUCUAUAAAGUAAAGAAAUUGGAAGGGGUGUCUUGAAAACCACUGCAGCACCACUCUUGUUAUAGUAUCCUCCUACAGUAUCAGACGUAUGGCACUGAGAUUUUAGCCAUCAUCCAAAUUAAUUGUUGACAUGUCGUCUUCUUUCUAACAGAGCAAAGCCAAAGAGCUGCCUCUAUCUGCUGUCCGUUUUAUGGAAGAGUUGGGUGAAUGUGCCUUUGGCAAAAUCUACAAGGGACACCUUUAUCUACCAGGCAUGGACCAUGCUCAGCUGGUUGCAAUUAAGACCCUAAAGGACUGCAACAAUCCACAACAGUGGGCAGAGUUCCAGCAGGAAGCCUCUCUGAUGGCAGAACUGCAUCAUCCCAACAUCGUUUGCCUUCUUGGCGUUGUGACUCAGGAGCAGCCAGUCUGCAUGCUUUUUGAGUACAUGAAUCAAGGGGACCUGCAUGAAUUUCUUAUAAUGCGAUCACCACAUUCAGAUGUUGGGUGCAGCAGUGAUGAGGAUGGUACUGUAAAAUCUAGCUUAGAUCAUGGAGAUUUUCUGCAUGUAGCAGCUCAGAUUGCAGCAGGGAUGGAAUACUUAUCAAGUCAUUUUUUUGUUCACAAGGAUCUGGCUGCUCGAAAUAUUUUAAUUGGAGAACAACUUCAUGUGAAGAUUUCUGAUUUGGGACUGUCAAGAGAAAUCUACUCUGCAGAUUAUUUCAGAGUUCAAAACAAGUCCCUCUUACCCAUUCGUUGGAUGCCCCCAGAGGCAAUUCUGUAUGGCAAAUUCUCUUCCGAUUCAGACAUCUGGUCCUUUGGUGUUGUCCUGUGGGAGAUUUUCAGCUUUGGUCUCCAGCCCUAUUAUGGAUUUAGUAACCAAGAGGUCAUAGAAAUGGUUAGGAAGCGACAACUUUUGCCAUGCUCUGAAGACUGCCCUCCCAGAAUGUACAGCUUAAUGACCGAAUGUUGGCAUGAGCUGCCAUCUCGGAGACCAAGGUUUAAAGAUAUCCAUGCCAGGCUGCGUUCUUGGGAGGGGCUGUCAAGUCACACUAGUUCUACUACUCCUUCUGGUGGAAAUGCUACCACUCAGACAACUUCUCUCAGUGCAAGCCCAGUUAGCAACCUGAGUAACCCUAGGUACCCUAACUACAUGUUUCCAGCACAGGGUAUACCACAAGGCCAAAUUGCUGGAUUUAUUGGCCCACCAAUACCUCAAAACCAGCGAUUUAUUCCUAUAAAUGGAUAUCCAAUUCCUCCUGGAUAUGCUGCUUUCCCAGCUGCUCACUACCAGCCUGCAGGCCCACCCAGAGUAAUUCAGCACUGUCCUCCACCAAAGAGUCGUUCGCCAAGUAGUGCGAGUGGAUCAACCAGCACCGGGCACGUGACUAGCUUACCCUCUUCAGGAUCUAAUCAGGAUGCAAAUAUUCCUUUGCUGUCUCAUAUGUCUAUGCAGAGUCAUCCAAGUGGGAUUAGUAUAACCGUUUUUGGAAACAAAACUCAAAAACCCUACAAAAUUGACUCCAAACAGACAUCUCUAUUAGGAGAUUCCAGUAUUCAUGGACAUAAUGAGACCGUGAUUUCAGCAGAGAUGUAAAUAAACAAGACUUUUGUAAAUAAACCUAUUUACAAUAUGGAAUAUAGAACGUUUUUAGAGGAGAUUUAUAUUCAAAUAUUUUAUUGGAGAUUCUUCUGGCUGUAUAAAGAGAUAUUUGCAAUAAGUAUCUUCUGUGAAGUUUAUUUGUGCUUAACAGGAUAAAGAGGUGCCAACCGUAUUUUUCAAAAAUGGAGUUUACACUCAAUAUCUUGGGUGAACCCUUAUUUUACAGCUACCAAGGAGAAAGAAAUUUGUGUGUGAGAGAGUGAGUGAAAAAGAAACUUAACUGUGAUAUGUUUUAUUUAAUCACAGUUCCUUAAACCAAGUAAUUUCUGUCUCAGCAAUCUUAUUAUUCUAAACCCAUUUUAAUAUUGGUCACUUUUAUGAAUGAAUGUGGUUAAGACAAAUGUUGAGGACAAUUAAGUACGCUCCUGUAGAAUGGAAGUUGUACUCUUUUUUGGUCUAAUGUGGUUUGAGGGCACCACAAGACACAAGUACCUGAUCCAGUGAUAGGGUGAAACCAAACACAGUGAUAAAUUUGCUUGUAUUUCAUUCUAAUGGCACACAUUGGGCAUUGACUUUUAUUAUUUCCUCCCCUUUAAACAGCAUCCACAAAUCAGAAGUGUAGUGGAUGUGCAAUAUAUUAUCAAAACGACAAUUCCUUUUUAUACAAUAAUUUUGUUCAGACAUAUUCAGUUUUGAGUAUGUAAACAGUUUCUGUCUAGUGAUACAUCUAAGCUCAUGCAUAAACUAGGACAAGCAAUAGAACCCUCUUGGAACUGCAUACGAUAAGUGAGUGAAAAUUAUACUUCUUGACGUUAUAUCUGUAGUUGCAAUAGAAUUUUUGUAUCCCUUUGUUGCUAUGCAACCCUUUAAUUAAAGAAAACUCUAAAUUCUUAUUUUAUAACAGACAAUCAGUUUUCCCAAGAAUAUUUAUUAUUUCAAGUAAAAUAAAUAGCUUUUGUAGUGAUAUCCCUGAAAUGGGAAGCCUACAUUCCAUCAGUUGUACACAACAAUUUUUUUAGAAAUUUUCUAUGAUAACUUUUGUACGUCAUUUCAAAUAAUGUGAAUUAGAAUUAACUUUUUACUAGAAAAUUGCAUUUUUAUUACUGAAUUUUAUUCAGGUGUAAUCAAUCUGGAUUAUUUUGAAACCACUGUAAUGUUUGAAAAAAUACUGUGUAAAUUACAACCUCUCAGACUUUUUUAUUAAAAUAAUUUUUGUAUGGAUUAUAUACACAAAUCUUUCAGACACUUGACAGUACUUUUUUUCAAAAUCUUUUGCACAAAAAUGUUGUCUUUGUAUAGCAGAAGUGAAAAAUACAUCCUGCUUUUUAUUUCUUGUCUGUUUCUCAUUUUUUAACUGCGUGGAUAUGCCUUUAAAAUAUACAAGGUGACAUUUAGACAAUGUUUUAAUACAUAUUUUGUUUUCAUUGCAUGCAUUUGAUUACUGUAUUACUUUAUUAAUCUACUCAUUGAGGAUGUUGCACUAAGGUAAGCAUGUAAACGUAGCAACACAGACUACUUUAUGCAGAAGCUAAGUGCAUUUUUGUAUUUCAGACACCACCAGAGUGAUAUUAAACUCUGAUUAUUAUAUGCUGCUGGUUAUUAAAACAUGGUAUUAAAGAAGAACAUG